AAUAUCAUUAUAAUAAGUGUUUAGAACGCGUAUGUAUAUCUACGUAUAUUAUACAUUUUUUUUUCAUUAUUAUAAUAAUAAUAAUAAUCGUCCAAUAUAAUAUAGUGCGCGAGCGUCAUCACCGCGUAACUGUAACGGUACGGGCGGACGGUACCGCGAGUUAAAAAUAAUAACACAAUGUUAUUAAAAAAAUAAAAAUAAAAAAAAAAAAAAACCGACGGCGACUGACGACGACGACGACGACGACGACGAUUACGCGAGGCGCGAAUCGCCGGCCACCGCCGACGUCCGACCGGCCAGACCGGAGUCCGAAGUGGUGCCGUCGCGGUGUCCGUCCGGCUCGACGUUUUCCCGGGCACGUAUCUCCCGUCUGUAUGGCACGCGAAUGCGGUAACGUCGCGAAACACAGGUACCUACAUACAUUGUAAUAACAAAUCGCUACAUUAAACGGUCGGGGUUUUUUUUUUUUUUUACGCGGCGGAUUUCACUAAUACGGGUACUGAUAUGUGCAGACCAUCGGCAACGAACCCCCCGCCCCACAUCCGAAGACCCGUUUCAUAACGAACCGUCGACACUAUUAUCUACUGUUUCGCGUAUACAAUUCGUAACACGCGGUCUUAUAUACAUAUAUAUGUAUAUCACAUUAUAGCCGAUAUAUAUUGUAACAUAUCCUGUAACAUUCUCCUGUCAUUCGUUCUUCUUUUUCUUCUUCGAUAUAAAUAUGAUCGGCCCUCCAACGCUCUUUUCGAUCUUUGUCCAUCACGGUAAUAACUAACUGGCAAACGUCAAUUCCCGUAGUACACCCAAAAUUAUCAAUUAUGUAUAUUUACUGUUUACUUGACGAGAAUUUCGAUUUGGGUGGGAAACUCAAAUGAGUUUUGAAAGAGCUUAGCCCUAACUAUUUAUACCCAUGAUUUUAGGUAUAUUAUACAAUAUACUUACAACUUAUUCCAGUUUUUCUUUGUAGUUUUUUUCGAUUAUUGUCUAUAAUCCAUUUAUUCCUUCUUUCCUUAAUUCGGUUAUUGUCCUCCGUUUUUUUUUUUUUAUCCAAUUUGUACCUAUAACAAUUUCAUUUAGCUACUUUGAACAUGAGUACUCGAGAAUAAUACCAAUCAUAUUAUAUUAGUUUAACAUGUUAGGUAUAUACGAUAAAAAUAGUUAUUAUCAUUGAUGAUUCAUCAAGUUACCUAGAAAUUUGUAUUAUAUUUCUGACGAAACGUAAAUCAUCAAUGUGAAACACAGCGUUAUCAUUUCUAAUUAGUGAAAUUAUUAAUUAUUACCCUUUCAUAUAUAAUUCAUAACUUAACGAUCAAAUCUAUUUAAUAUAAAUAAUGGACUUGAUGUAUAUGUUAUACGUAAUUUAUUAAUAUUAUGUGAAUUCUAAUAAUGUUAUUAUUAAUAUUCAUUAUAUUAUGUACAACUACACCGCAGUUAAAUUUUUCAGACCUCUAUAACUUCCCUUAAAAUUAUUUUAAGAAUGCGAAUUAUAUAUUCUCGUGUUGUAAAUUAAAUUACGGAUAUAUCUGACUCGUGUGACCUUAAAUAAUAUUGUCUACCUUACAAAGUUACGUGACAGCUUUAAAUAAUAGGAAUUGAGAAUGUUCGUUUUAUUAAACUUUUAAACGACGCCAAUAAUUUUUAAUAGGAAUAGAUUACUGUUCAGGGUUUAUACAGUUUAAAGCUAGACUAAUUGUAUUUAUUGUCAUAAAUUGAACAUUGUUAAAGUGUUUCGUCAUUUGUAUCUUGUUAGAUUUUGUAUGGUGCAGCUUAUCGUAUUGUGGAAAAACUGAAAAUUAUAAACAAAGGUAUUCGAAAUAUUCGAUGAUAAGCACGGUUAUUAGAUCAUUUUUUGUUUUUGAUAAGAAUUAGAAGCAAACUGAUUUUUUUAAUGUUUAAAAGGAGUAAAAUUAAAUUUAAAAUUUGGGUGUUCCUGUUUAACUUAUACGUAUAAUUUAAUAAUAACAUAAUAAAAUUUAAAAUCUUACGAAAUUAUUAAAUUCGGUCGCCCUAAAUACCCUAGAAAAACCGAAUUUAAUAACUGAUAGCAAUAUAAUUGGAAUUACUAUUAUUUUAUUAUGUAACGUUAAAAUAAUUGCACAAGUUUUGCACGCUGUUCAUAGUUCAUGUUUGUAUUAUAUUAUACCUCGUUCAAUAAUUUCAUUCAUGAAAAUACCGCGAUAACGUCAUGUUAUUAUAAAUAGACAUAAAAAAACGUUUAUAUCACAGUCUCCCUUGUUGCUGGAGUAUGGAAGCCGUCGACUUUCCUGUUUUAAUUGAAAUUGUUGUGGUAAUAAUAAUUUAUUGACGUUUACAAUAAUAAUUAUUAUUGUUGUAUAAAACACUACCUACAAAGAAACUCUAUAAGCUAAUAUAAUGUCACGUUGUCGAAUUAUUGUUGCAUAAAUAAGUAGGUAUCACGUUGAAUGUUUUUUCGACUUUUUUAGUGGUCCGUCAAAAUAUUUUAUUAUUUAAUAUUAUUAGUUAUUCAGUGAUAAACAUGAUUAUUAAACAACACACAUUUAUAGUCAAAGAAACAAAAAUAGACACCGAUGUAGGCUGGCUCAAGUUUCGUUGACCUACACACAUGCCCGUACUAUAAAAAAAAAUAUACUAAAUAGCCAUAUGUGCGGAUAUAUUUUUCCAACAUGAUUGUGUUUUAAAUUGUUUUUUAUCAUUCUAAGUGUUACGAAAAAGCUAUUAGUUUUACUAAGAUGUAUUUUUUUAUCUAUGGAACAUCAUCGGUUAGAAAUAAAUUUGAUUGGCUUCAUUCAUUGCAUUAAAUAUUUCAUACAGUACAUCUUAAAAUAUUUGGUAAUUUUGUUUAUUUUAUUUAAAACAUUUUUUGAAAUUCUAAGCACUUAUUCUAUUUAUUGUUUGAAAAUACUUUUUCGAUUAUAAAAAAUGCUCCUAAUGUUUCACGUAGAAGAGGACUAUUGGUCUGAUAGAAUUUUUGCAUUUCAGAAUUGACGUAUUUUUGAAAUUCCAAACAAUGCUCCCGCCUAAUUUUGCUUUUUUCCUCGUAAACACUUUUUUGGUUAAACAUUUUACCGUUAAUGUUUCACACGAUGUAUACUGUUAAAAUCGGAAAACUUCUGGCGCAGCGUCACACCUGUUUUACAUUUGUCUUUUUUUCAUUUCGUGGGAAAUACACAAUUAGUUAAAUAAUAAUUGGCCUCAUUCAGCUAUUUAUUUUCCAUACUCUAAUAAUUGUGUUCCUAUAAUGUAAAUAGUAAAUAUAACUAAUACUACUAUUAUUAUACCAACUACCAACAAUAUCGAUUGUCAUAUGACACUCAGUGGCUGAAUUCCACACUUUUAACUUUUAAACAUAUGUGUUUUAAAAUAAUAUUUUAAUAUAUGGCAUUACUUUAUAUUGUUUAUUAAUAUUAUAUUUGCGAUUGGUAAAUUAUUUAAAGAAAUAGUGUAAAAUAAAUAAAUAAAAUUAAAAUGUGAAUUCAUUAUAUACCUAUUUGUACGUUAAUUUUAUAUGACAUUGUAGGUACAAUGAGUGAUAUUUGAAAUAUAAGUUGGUAUGUCCUAUUGUAUAGGUAGUAUUUUAAUAAUUACUUUAAAAGUACAAUUCAUCAAUAAAUUAAAAAAAAAAAUCAUAUUAUUAAAUAAAAAUAAUUUGUUUAAGUUGUUGCCUAAUUUACUAUUUUAAAGGAACUAUAUUAUGUUAUAUAAAAUCAUUGGACAUUUAGAGACUAACUCCUAUUUUAACGUUAUUGUUUUUUAUAUUAAAGUAACAUAUAUUAAUCUAGUUAAAACAAAAUAUGACUAACUUGUCCAGCGUUGGAUAAAAAUAAUUAUUUUUUCCGGUUAUUUCUCGAAUUCUGCUCUUGGACACCACAAAAAUUUGAACUUCAUCCAUAUUAUUUGAAAAAAAAACCUCUUUAAAUAAUGUUAAGUAGUAAUUAUUCAUAAGUUUUACUUUUUUGGCAAAAAAAGAAAAAAAAAAGGAACGAAUCUCCUACGCUGGCCGUGUAAAAAUAAUAUUGCGACUGUUCUGCCGACCUAUUUGAUCUCACUUUUUUCCUAGCUGACCGCUUGUGUUCGAUGUCUUUAAUCUAUCGUGUUCAUGGUUAUGACUUAUGUCUUAUGACUAUAAUAACAUUUAUAUGUAUACCGGAUGAUCUAUUUAAGUGGGUAUAGUCAUUAUCUCGAAAACUAUUAACUUUUUCCGGAAUUUGUUUUCUAAAAAAUUUAAGAAACAAGCUACUUUACAGUUUUAUAUUUAUGUUAUUUUUGUCACCCUUAUUUUUAGGGAGUAAAAACACUACUUACUUUUGAUUUUUAAAUGACAAUCUAUUAUAUAAAAAUUCCAUAAAUAGAUGGAGUAUUAUUUAAAAUAAAUUUGAGUAUUGAAAUUUAUGUAAAACUGUAAAGUAGCUUGUUUUUUAAAUUUGUUAGAAAACAAAUUCCGGAAAAAGUUAAUACUUUCCGAGACAAUGAGUAUACCCAAUCAAAUGGAUCACUCGGUAUAGAGUGUCCUACAUUGUUAUCCAAUUGCUAAUAACUUUGUCGACGAUAAGGAAUUACCAUACUAAUUGUGAUUCCUUAUUGCGUAACGUGUUAUUCUAUUGAAAAUUAAUUGUUUUUAUAUCAAUUUUCUAGAAAUUAAAACGGCUAUAUUACUAACAAACAAUUGAUCGAAUAUAUAAGUAUAGUACAUUAAAAUGUUUAGAAUAAUAUUUUUGUUUUACAAAUUGGCUUUAUUUUGAAAAUUUUAAAAAGUGAAAAAAUGAACGUUUUUUUUAAGUGAUUAAGAGAAGAAAAGAAAAAAUUAAAUUUUUGUUAAGGUUUUGUGUCCUCUUGACACAAAACCUGAUUUAGAAAAAAAAAAGGAAUAUAUAGUGAGUUAUUAGCAUUCAGUUAUUACAUAGUUUUUUAAAUACCCUGUAUGUAUAUUGUAUAUAUAUAUAUAUAUAUAUAUAUAUGUGUGUCUGAUAUAUUAGAUUUGACGGUACUUGGGCAUUUUGGAAACUUAUAGAAAUUGGUUUUAAAGCAAUGUUAAAACUGUAUAUAAUAUAUAUGCCUAUUUAUAUUAACUAAAAUAAUAAUUUGUUUUGAUAUUUUGAAAGCGGUUUGUAUGAUUGAAAAAUUAAUGGACGAAUUUUAAUAAUGUAAAAAUCAAUGUUCAUUGUUCUUGUAUAAUUUGUUAAUAUACUUACGUAUUUUUUUUUUACUCAUAAAUAUCAAGAAUGAAUUAAAAUAAUGAUUGUACGCCAUAAAUAUAUAUUUUAACAUUAAUUAUGCUGGCUAAAAAAAAAAUUUAAAGUUUUUACGGUUAAAAAAAGGAGUGAAAACAAAAGUCAACAGCACGUAGUGUUCUCAAGUGGUCACCCCUAUCCAAGUACUAACUACGUCCGACGUUGCUUAACUUCAGUGAUCGAACGAGAACUGGCGUAUUAAACAUAAUAUGGUCGUUGGCGCUCGGAGAAAACUCUAAAAUGUUUCUUAAACGGUUAAAAAUGUGAAAUUGUAAUAACAAGUACCUUAUUUGUUUUGUAGUCUGAAAACCGUUUGCGUCUUAGGUAUUUUGUAAACCGCAAUUUCGAUGAGAAAAUUAAAUAUUGUGGUUUAAUAGAACAUUAUUUCAGGGUUAUCCGGCUUUUAAGACCAUCCCGAAAAACUAAUUGUUCGCCAUUAUUCUCUGUCUUCUGCUACCUUCCUUCAUCAGUUGGCUCUCGGGUCUACUACUUUAACGUUUGUCUUCACACAGUCUUUCGAUUUAAGGCGAGAUCUAUACCUAGUUUUCUUUUUCUUAUCGGAUCAUCCUUAAUCACCGCUUUUAUCAUCGAGUUAAAUUUUCUCCAAGUAUGUCCGGGCAAUGUAAGUUUUCUCUUUGCAACUUCUUUUAAUAUGCUUGAUGUUAUAACUAUCGUAGAAAAUACUUUGAAAAACGAAUUGAACGAUUUUUAGUUAGUUAUAGGUAUAGGUGAUAGCAUAACAUGGACUGCAAACAUUAUCAGUUUUUCUAACUAUUCAAAAUCGUGAUUUUUUCACGUAUCGCUGUUUUAAAAUAACUAUACUAUACCUACUGGCUUCCUAAAAUUAGCCCAUCCAAGUUUUCUCCGUAAAAAAAAAUUUUUCCAUCAUUAAGAUUAUUAUGACUCAUCGUGCUAGUUUUUUCUUUUUAAAUUUUAUAAUAAAGCAUUAGACCAUUUUUUUUUUUUUUUUUUUUUACUGAAAUAAUAAUAAUGCAAUAAUUAAGGAUGAUUUAUAUAUACUUAUAUUUUAUAUAUAUCAAUUAUUCAUAGAGAUAUUUUACCAUUAUAAUAUUAUAAUGGUGAAAGACGAAAGUAAUAUAAAUAACGUUAAAUAACAAUAAUAAUAAUAAUAAUAAUAAAAAAAAAAAAAAAAAAAAAAAAAAAACAAUAAAACACUCACUAAAACUUUAAAUAAAUAUUAAUUUCUGCGUACGGUUGUAUGAAUAUUCCUUAAAAAAUAAAACCUAAUAUAAUAUAUUAUUUAUAUUAUUAUGUUUUCCCGGUAUAACCUGAUUUAAAAAUAACGUUUCUGUUUAACAUAACGUAUUAUAAUAUAAAUGUUUCUAUUACAUAAUUAAUAUUGAACAAAUUCAAAAUAUAUUGUAUGUUCUAAAAUAUUAUAUCAUGUAAGUUACCGGAUGACAGUAUUCCUUCGAUUUCCAGUAUUUCUUAAAUUAUAAUAUUACCCAACAUCAUCUAUAGGUACCAGCUAUAACUCAACUCGUAACUUAAGCAUUAUUAUUACUGUUCAUCAUUUCACAUGUUUAUUCGUAUAUUAGAACUAUAAUAAAAAAUAUAUUUAGAUUUUUAUCUGCAAUUUAUUAUAAUUUAUGUUUUAAAGCUAAAUGAAGUAUAUUAAUAUAAUAUAUCCGUACGAUAAAUAUUUAUCUAUACAGGAUCAUAAUUUUAUGUGACAGAAAUUUUUCACAUAUUUAUGUAUGCAAAAUAGAGAAAAAAACGUAUAAUGUAAGAAAAGUUGUAUUAAAUAAAUCUAAAAUUAUAUGUGGUCUUUAAAUUUUCAGGCGUCUUCGAGUGGAAGGAGUAAACUUUUAAAAAUAUACGAGAACCUAAAUUUUUUUGCAAACGUAAUGAUAUUUUAUUAAUGCAUUUUAGUGAUGGUCAAAAAUCAUUAUUUUAAUGCUAAACCCUUUGCCGGAGAACGAUUGAAAGUUUUAUAGAAUAAGAUGUUUUUUUUUUUUUUAUUACGAACCAUUAAUUUUCUCAUCAAAUAUUUUCUUUUACUUAAAGUUGUUUUUUAAUUUUUAAAUUGAUUUUAUACAUCAAUAAUGUGACCGUAAAUUUUAAUUUAUGAACUUUAAAUAUUUUAAACAAUUAAAAAUAUUUUCUUUCAAUUGUAAUAUUUUUUCGCGCUUUGUGGUACUACAAAGAUGUGUUUUUUCUCAGAAAGCGCUUUUGUAAAAAUGCUCUUUUUUUCAUGUUUAUUAUAGGUCCUUUAAAAGAUGUAGAGUUAUUUUCCGAUAGUAGGUUCUAUGUUUGAAUAAUUCUUCGGAAUUUUAAGCAGUUACCGUGGCAUCAAGUGAAAAACUAUGACUAACACUACUCCUAGGCACGGAUCUAGAGCAAAGAACUAGGGUGGGGGGGUUACAACACAAAUACAAUUAAAAUAUAAUAUACUACAUUAUGUAUAUUAUUUUCUCAUACACAUCAGUGAUUGGAAUAUAGUAAAAUCAGGAUCUAUAGAAUUAUAAAAAAAAAAAAAAUAGGAGAAAUAAUAUGUCUGGGGGCCCUAGGCCCCUAGGCUCCCCCCCUUGGAUCCGUCCCUGACUACUCCACUAAGGAUCGUUUCUUUCGUUUUCGAUGAUUUAUCGUUGCACUAUAGUAUAUAAACUCAAUUAUUCUGUAUACCAUACCUUUCCAACUACCCACCUACAACAGUGGCCUACCCGUGAGCAAUAUCAACUUUUUACAAUACAUUUUGUUUAAAUGAAAAAAAAAAUUGUAUAGUUCAUAACUGCGUUUAUAGGUACGGUUAGUUAUUCGUAUAAAUUAAAAGAAUAUUUUUUAAUAAUAUAUUAUUAUAGCCAUAAGUAAUAACAGGAUUAUUUACCUGCAGGUAACUAUAGUCAUAUUCAAUAAUUUUUUUUAUUCCGUUUUCCACAUAUGUAUAUAAUAUUAUAUACACACGCAAAUACGUAAUAAUAAUAAUUGAACCAGUUAUAUUAUUAUUGUUAUUAUAUUAAACAUAUAUUGCAAUAUAACAAUAUAUUACUGCAGAUCGUGAACAUAAAUGUGUUUAAAAUAUCGGUUUUUAUAAAUGGGAAAUUUGUUUUUUCGCAAAAGUAGUUAAUUGAAAGUGAUACGUACGAUUAUGCGUAUUACGUAAAGUAGGUAAAAUGCAAUUUUUCUUAAUAAAAUAUAAAAGGUGUUUAAAUUUACCGUUUAUACGUGUGAAUUGUGUAAGACUAUAUAAUAUAUAAUUAUAACAGUAUAAGUAGUUAGGUAGUACAAAUCCGUAAAUUGGCACGAAUUCCCGAUUCAGCAUUUAGCCACUUGAUUUCCGCCCAGUUCGCACGCGAAGACGGUGAUAAAGUUUAAAUAUAUACUAAUAUAAUAGGAUAUUCAUGACCGAAAUUUCAAUUUUUAACCGGAGGGAUGAGAGCUCUGCAGCUGUUUUCCCACGAUAUUUAGCGAAAAAACUUGACGUUCUCCUAGCCGUUAAUCGUUAUAAUAUAUGAUUUCAGAUCUUUACGUGCUAUAUGCAGUGUUUUUUGCGUUUCCAUGUAGCACUAAAUAUUUCGGUCUGAUGACUUGGAUUGCAGUAAAUUAUUGUGUUAAUUGUAUUGAUCAAAGUUUCUUAAACAAAAAACAAAUAAGAUUAUUCGAAUUAUGUUGUUAAAAAAAAAAAAAAAAUGAAUUGAACAGAAACACGAAACGUGAAAAGCGAUUAAAUUGUAUAGAUUAUGUCCGGAAACCAGUAUAUUUGUGGUUAGUUUUUAAACAACGUAUUUUUUUUUAGCAUCUAUGUAGAUCGCCGAGUGAGAAAUUCCCACAUAUUUAACAGUACACCACGGAAAGUUUUGAAAUAUUUUAACUAAUUGAAAAAGCGUUUCGGCUAUAAAUAACUUAUAGCUAUCUGGUAUAAUAACAACUUGGUGGUGCGCAGCUGUUCCGUCACUGGCAGUGCCUUUAUCAGUAACGUAUAGCACAGAAAUCCGGUGAUAAAAAUCACUGUCAGCUGAGUAAUUUUUCCGAAUAACGCAGUAUAUAAAUGUGCAAUUCACAACCGAACUAUGUUAUAAUGUCGUCAAAUCUAUAGUUAUCUUAUCUAUACUCUUUCAGCGUUUUCUUAAGUCGGUUUCACACUAAACUGUUCGAACGCGCGUGGACACACGGACGUUUAUGAUUAGGGCUAGUGACUUUAAGCUUUUGCGUAUUACUUUUUAAAGAUUAAAAAUGUAGCAAAGUCAAAUGUUCACCAUGUAAGGAAUCUAAAGCCUAAAUAGAAUUAUGCAUAUAUUUUCGUAUUUUAGCUGUAUGUAGCUUUUAUAUGUAAGUUUUAUACAUGGACAUGCUCUCGUAUCUUACCUUAUUUUAUUACAAUAUAAGGUUUUUAUUCAAUUUACAUUGUUCAAAUUUAUACACACCGAUGGCGAUAGUAUAAUCGAAUUGACAGUGGUAAAAUAGUUAAUUUAGUUAACAUUGAGUUUGAUCAAUAACUCUCAAAUUAUUUAUUACAAAACACAAAGGUUUUACGUAAAUAUCAUCAAUAAUAAAAAAUAAUAAUAACAAUAAAUUAUUUAUACGUCAAGUUUUUAGGAAGACAUACAAUUUCAAUAAAACAAUUUUUAGACUAUAUUUCAGUGUAUGUUUGGGUAUAAUUUUUAAAGCAUAUUUGUAAGCAUAUUCGCAUGUUUUCUAGAGCUAGAAGUCCCUAAACCUAUUUUUGACGCACGAACGUAGUCCGAAAUUAAAUCGCCGCGUUUAAACGUAGGCUUUUACAUUAUACAGAAAGUAUUGAUUUAGAAGCACGAAACACAUUCGGUUUGAUUGUGUGUGAUCGAAACGCGUCAGUAAAUAAAAUUUAACAGUACGUGUUUAUAGUGUCACAGACAUUGUGCGAUUCGAACGCACGUGAACAAGCGCCAGUUCCCGGGAUUUAUCAUUCAGAGUUUUAUUAUAAUUGUUUAUAACUGUUUAUUUGAAUACGUCACGUGCAAGUCUGAUGAGUGCGAGGAUGCGAUCGAAUGGCAUGCGUUUCUCCGUUUGUUUCGUUCGCGCGUUCGAGUCGCACAAUAUGAAACCGGCAGCUUUAUAAAUCCAAAUAUCUCCGAGCAGGUUACUACUAACAGUGUCAGCCUAACCAUGGUUGCUAGGCCGCGAAAGGGACUUUCGUUCUUAAUACCGUCCUGUGGCCUCCCAGGCCCCAAGAUUUAUAAAAUAUCAUAAUUAUUAAUUAUUUAACUGCCGACUAUCUUUUUUGUAGGGACUAAAAUAAACAUAGUAUUUGUUUAAAUUUUGAUUGACUAUUGCAGACUGUAGUAAAAUAGUAAAAUAUAAUAAUAUUUAUUUGAAAACUGAAAUGUCAUUGGACAUCACUUUUGUGAAUAUAACUUGUUUAUACUGUAUAUAUAUUAUGUCGCAGCGAAAUCCAUUGUUAUUUUUAGAAAUAUGAUCGACCAAUAACACCGAUUGCCGAUUCAAUAUCACAUUGAUUUCCAUUUAUAUUUUUCAUCUAUAGGGCCCCUUAAAACGAAAUUCUCCUGGAGCCUUCGGUGUACCAGAUUAUAUAUACUAGUAUUGCUGCAUGAUAAAACUAGAUUUUUUGAGGGACUGUCUAAUCACAUCCUCUAAACAAGUCAUAUAAUGUACAGAUGACAUUCGAUUGUUCGUUUUAAUAGUUUAGCGGGUGAAUACAAAACAUGAACAAAAAACAAUAAGACUGCUUAAUUUACAGCGUGUGUACGAUGGUAAUAUUAACGGGGGGUCUAACUUUAUUGGAAAAUUAAUAUAGACAUACACUGUGACUGCUGGCAGAAAUAAUAAUAAUAAUAUUAUAAGUGCCGACCGCACGGUAUAUUAUAUUAUUAUUACUUUUUACGUACAUAUAUUAUUAUAAUAUACUGCAGUACUGAUGCCGUAGUCAUUAUUAUUAUUAUUAUUAUUAUAUACGUGGAGACGCAUAUUAUUAUUUAUAUAACUUGCUCUAUAGAUGUAUACAAGUUGCUGCCGACGUGGGAGGGCGGCUGGUGACAAAAAAAAAAAAAGAAAAGAAAAAAAAAACCGAAAUCAUUAUUGGGGAGGGAUCACGAUUUUAAAACCUCAAAGGAAUGCGCGCGUUAAUGCUCCGAAAUGUCUAUAUGGUCCGGUGCGAUAUUUUUCUAUAAUAUUUCUCUGCGGUGCUAUAUACGUAUUAUAUUAUGUAAGUAUAUGUUAUAAAGGUGUAUAUCAUACGAAAGAAGAAGACGAUGAAAAAAAAACUACACCGACAUCGUAUAUUAUAUUAUAUAGGGUACCGCACCGAAGUAAACGGUUCGCAGGUGGUACGCCGUCGAUAAUAUUGUGUGAAAGAAAGGAUGGAACAUAAUAAUAAUAAUAAUGAUAAUAAUAAUGAUAAUAAUAAUAAUAAUAAUAUAAUGACUGUUUUAUUUCGGACGAGUGGCGGCGGCGGAGACAUUAAUGUCUUGUCCAUCGCCGAACAGCUCCGGUCAAUUUAACGCAAUGAAAACGACGACGACGGCCGCCUUUUAGUAAUACAAUAAUAAAAAUAAUAGAAAUAAUUAUAAUGAUGGUCAUGUACGUACCUAAACUGCACACAGGGCGAUUAUUUUAUCAAUAUUGUUAUUAUUAUUAUAAACUAUACCUGUAUGACGAUUUCGAGUAAAUUCGAUUUUGUGUUCGGUAUUUUGUGUAACGGCUUUAUUUGUAUUGAUUAUACGAGUAUUUUAUGAUACAUAGUAAGCAGUAAAAUUUGAUUGUCAGCGUUUUAAAGUCAAUAACGGUGUAAAAAUUGUCGGUUUCUAAUUUAUUCAAAAUCAUUUCAGGAAAAUACAAGUAGAUAGUCUACAAGGUCAGGUUAGCUACUCACGUUUUUUUUUUUUUAAAUAUGAUUCGAAUAGAUAAUAUCGUUUAGCCUAUAAAUGGCGAACUUUUAUUACUCAGAAAGGGCGUGUACUAAGUUGCAGUUAUGCGUAUCGAAAUGUUUCAGGAAAAUAUAUACUCUUUUUGAAUCUGUGUAAUUUAUUUAAAAACAUAUUACUGAGUUGCUAUUCGAAAAUCAAUAAUAGUGUAGGAUUUUCCAAAUAUUUUCCUCUGCUCGAGGUCACUAUAGGACCAUUCUAUCGCACAUCCAAUUUUCCCUCGUCUGUAGCUCUUAAUUUAAAAUUUGAUUCGCCGGCUGUUUAGAGAUUGCUUCCUUAAAAAAGGAAAACCGUGAGUUCAUCAUAUUAUCCGCAUAUGAUGUUUCUGUCUUUAUGACGUAACAAAUUUACGUUCAGCAGUGAAGACUAUUUAGUAUCUAUAAAUUAUUUACAGUAGAAUAACUCUGCAGAAACAAAUUUUCCUUACAAAUUUCGAAAUUUUCAAAAAAAUUAUUUGGCCAAAAAUUUGUAUUAAACAUAUAAUAUUAUGGGUUCUUAUUUGAAAAACAGAAAUCGGUAUCGCCAUAGGAUAAACGUCCUUAAACGUUGUGGAAAAUAUAAGUAUUUUAUCCUUUUUAAUAUACCUAACUACAUUAUGUACACUUAAACAUUUUAAAAACCAAAAUUUGAAUAUAUGAUAUGCGUAAUUUAACCGUAAAUGUGGGGCAUGCUUAAAAAAAAAAAAAAAAUCAUUCUGUAAAUUAUAGUUGGUCGGUAUACGGACUUCGUCGGCCAAGACGGGUGUUGUUUUCUGCCCGCGCCGCCGAUAUCUUAUGUAGUUUAUGUCCUUGUGGCGUGCGCCACCGACGACGACGAUUACCGUUCGCCAGCCGUUGUCAUCGUCAUAAAAUACGAUCAAUUUACCAACGAUUUACUCACACACACACACACAUCGAGUUUAUAUUUAUUUUAUUACUUUUUGAAACCUGUAAAAUACGCGUAUGUGCGGCGAAUUCGUGUCGGCCGAGGCGGCGGUCAUUAUGUCAUUUUCCUUGACAAAAUAAUAAUAAAGGACUACUAUUUUUGCGUUUAUUUUUUUUUUUUAGUUUUACAUUUUUCAUGUACGGUUUCGUAAUAACCAUAAAAAUAUUGUUUAUUUAUUAUUUUUUUUUAAUCGAUCGUUCGACAACACAACUGUUACGCCGAUUAUUUUACUUUCAUCACAGACGCAUCGCGAGAGUUCAAGACAGUUUACAUUGUAAUAUUUAUAUUUAUUUGCGGCGUAUACAAGUUGUCGAUAUUUUUACAAUACGCGCUAUCAAUUUUGUCCGAAAAACCGCGGUGAUAUAUUUGCGGUCGGUUUUUCAAAUUGUCUAUAGGAAAACUUUUGUUGGAAAUCUUAAAAAGAUAUGAUUCGAACAAAGUUAUCGUCACAAAAACGCGGAGCGAAAGUUUUGGAGCAUUUUUAUUAAUUGAAAAAGUGUUUGGCGGAACAAUAAUAGUAUAGUUUUGUUCGGAAUCUUUAUUCUUUCGGAGCUUUCUUUGAAACGAAUUCCGUAUUGAUUUUCAAUAUAUUAAUAACGAAUUAUAAUGUGUUUUCGUUAUCUGGACGUUGUUUUUACAAGUAAAAUCAAUACAAACCGUGAAUUAUAAUAUACCUAAAGGCUAAAAGUGCAUUUUGUCCUUACAGUACAUUCUCUUCGACUUGAUGUAUAUAAUAAAACAAAUAUAAGACUAAAUUAAAAAUAAUAAUAUUCUCGUGAAAUGAAUUAUUAUUAUAAUAUAACUAUUUUAUUUUAUUGAAAAAUCGAUUUUUGAUUUAAAAAAAUAAUAUAGUCAUAUAUAAAGAACGCGUAGCUGUAAAUAUUCUUCUGCAAAUUUUUUUUUAUCAUAAUAUAUAUGUAGUGGUGCCCAUUAGGUACGUACUAUUGUAUCAUUAGCAACAGCUUAAAAAAUUACUUGUUGUUUCGUUGUUUAUUUAUUUUAACUCAAAACUUUAAUAUACGAUUCCAAUUGCACAUCCUGCAAAGAUUACAUCGAUAUAUCUAUCGCUUUGGUCAACCGAUAUAUUUUAUUUUUGAUUUCCUAACCGCCUGGAGGUUUUCGUGCAUUUGAUUUUUUUUUCCUGUUCUUCUGAACAGUCGAUGAAACGUGUAUUCUUCACGGUUCACUAAUCAUUUUUAAAUUAUAUACACACAAAGCACGCGGGGCGGUAUAUUAUACGUACCUACUCUGCAGUUGGCUACCCAUAAGCAAGUGAAACACUAAAUCUGUAAAAAAAAAAUAAUAAUAAUAACAAAAAGUAAUAAUAUUAUUGGUUCACCAGAUUUUAUAAUAUAUACUUCUUCGAAAUCCUUGAAUUUCCGGUUAAAGACCCGAAGGUCUGACGGCCUGACGGAUGUUUCUGGUUCAAUAGACCUAAUAUUUUAUUAUUAUUAUUAUUUCUAGUGACGGAUGUCAACUGUAAUAUUAUACGAUUUAAAUCCCGCACAAUAGCUGGAUUUUUGAUAUGCGUCAAACUGAAGUGUUAACACUAACUAUAAUAUCGUUGUUGUUGUAGGCACGUUAAUAGCAGGAUGUGGCCAUAUAAUAUACGGAAAACCGAGAGCGUUGCAGAACUCAAGAUGAAAUUCACCGGCAAUCAAAAUGUCAAAAACGGCAUUGGGGUUACGGGUAAAUCAACUAGGACGCCGCAGAUGAGCUUAAACACGACGAAUGGGACAAACAAAAAGAUUCAAAACUCGAAAAAAGUAAGUACCCGUAAGAUAAGUCAUUAUGCGUUAAUUACAAAUACUGGGUACAUUAUUUUUAAACGAAAAACUGUCAUAACAAGUUAAAAAGUUUAAAUUAUUUAACUUAAAUUUCACGUUUGAGUUUUUAAUUUUUUGUUUUUACAUCAAUAACCAGUUAAUUUUGAAUAUUAUGAUAACGUUAAGUUAAUUUCAAUUCGUUCUAUAACUUUAAUACAAUAUACGAUUUACAAUCUGUAAACACUGUUUCCAUUUUUAAAAUUAGUAUAUUAAGUAUACUUUUAUAUCCCCAGAAUAAAUUCCUUUCCCUGUGUUUAACAUUGAUCAUCCUAAUUUUCAAAAAAAUACGAACUCCAAGUUUAAUAAUUUUCACUAUGAUAAUAACAAAUUAGUAAUUUAAUUAACUAAUUGAUAAUGUUUAAAUUGACUUUUAAUUCAAUUUAAUUUAUUAUUAAAAAAAUUAAAUAAAAACGUGUUAACUCGUUAAUUUGUUCAAUUGUCUCAAUUUAACCGAGUUAAUGUUAUUUAGUCAUAUGUUUAAUAAAAUGUACACAUAUAUACGUAUAUAUGGGUGUUAUAUAGGUGUUAUAAAAAUUUCAGUAUUUAUAUUGUGAUUUAUUAAUUGUGAUGUAAACUAUUGCCUAUUGGCUAUUAAACUAUUAUAGGUUAUAAUAAUAUGUUUAUUAGAGACAAUGUAGUAAAUAAAAAAUAUUCAUAAUAUUUGGUAGAAAAUCGAUUUUUUCACAAAUAUAAUUUAAACAAACUUUAAUUAUAUUGUUUUAGUGUUAAUAAUAUUUAAAUUUAAACCGAGGAGUUUUUCUUUAGAACCACUCGUAUCGGUAAUGUAAAAUUAAAUCGAUAUUAUAUUCGUUAAAACAAAGAUAAUAUAAUUGAUAACGGAUAGAUAAUAAAUAAUAUAGUAUAAUUGGGGGCAUAAUCAAUUUUAUUGACGUUAAAAAUAUUUUACAAUAUAUUUUCGAUCACGAAAAAUUAGAGGCACACCGGCGGCCGUCGUCGACCGGUUCAUGUAACACAGUGACCGGUUCUAUCUGCUGCAGGUUUUAAUGGAACAUACACAUACAGAUCCAAGACACGAUACGCCAUAUAUAUGAGCAUAUAUGAAUGUUAUAUUCCGUUUACUUCCGGUUCCAAUUCCCAGUUUGUUAGUAGGUAUAAAAGAAGAAGUAGACAAAAAGCUAAAAAAUGUUAAAUAUUAUCGUAAUAUUUUUUGAAAUGGAUUUUUUUUUUAUUAUUAUUUAUAUUUUAUAACAUAAACAAUAAAAUAAUAAUAUUAAUAUAAUAUACUGAUCGUUUAAUUAUCUCGAUUAAGUAAUUUUUUAAAAAAUAAAUUUAGACAUCAUCGUAAGACUAAUCGUAUUAUUGUGUAUACGAUGAUGCAUCAUAAUUAAUUCGUUUAUUGUCCAGAAAAAAAUUUGAAAAAAUACUUUUUACAUAUUUCCGGCUGGGAGGAGGAGUUAAGAUAGGUAAUAAAUUAAUUCUUAUAGAUAUAUAUAUAUAUUUAUUAUUAAAAUAUGAAUGAUGCUAGUGCAUACGUAAUUGCUUUUGAGUAGUUUAAUUCAUUAUUUAUAAAUUUCAUAAAUUUUGUAUGAUCAUAUGAAUAAUAACAGUGAUAUGUUCAUUGGUUAACAAAUAGGUACCAGUGUUUUGAUUAAAAAUCAAAAAUAACGUUACUGAAUUAACGCAAUUGUUAAAAUUAUUAGGAUUUAUGAAACUAUUAUAAUAUCAUCUAAUCGAUAAUGAGUAUAACGUAGGGAGGUAGAUAUUAUUAAUAUUCGAUUUAUUAAAAAGCCAAAAUCAUAUAUUUACAUAAUCAUUUCUGAACUAUCCAUUUCAGAAACAUAUUUAUUUUUUGAGUAUGUAUGAGUUUUUUUGUAUAGAUUUCGCUUUAAUUUUUCAAAAUUAUGAAAGUAUAUUAAUUAUAAAUUAUCUAGGUAUAAUGUAUAUGGUCUACUGCAAGUACUUAUGUAUACAAAUUCAUUCAAGACGCGUGGUCAUAAUUUGUCUUUCACUUUUUAAUAAAUAAAACACCGUGUUUGACCGACUGUGCAAUAGACAAAAAUACAAAAUUGAAGUCGUUUUGUUAAUUUUUUUAAAUACCUCUUAAACUGUACGUGGAUAAUAGUUAUUAUUUAUAUAUUUUUGUAAACACGAGUAUUUCAAAUGUAAUUAGUUAUUAUACUAUUAUUAUAACAUCGGUAUGGUGUGGUUACUGAGAGCUAUGUUAUACAAAUAAAUACCUAAAUAACAUUUUGAAUUCCGAGCACAGCGAGUUAAAAUAUACUAUUUUUGUUGUAUCUGUAAACAAAAUUUUACUAAAAAUCUUGCACCGAUCAUUAACUUUAUGGGUGUUUCCUGGUAGUAAAUUCGAUCUUGUAGGUGCAACGAAAUGGUCAAUUUUUUAUUUUCCUUCUAGUUUUCUUAAUAAUAAAAGUAUAACUGUGCAAGCAAUAGCGGUUUCUGUUAUUUUCGAUUUUAUUUGUUUAUUGUACUUCAGAAGAAAAUAACAUUUAUAUUCAGUCUUUUCUAACCAUGGUAACAUUUUCAAAAUAUUUUGAUUUAUUUUAGACACUUGACAUUAUCUAGUUUUUGUUUUUAUUUGAUUUUAUGUGUAUAAAAUUGUUUUAACUUCAGAAAUUAACAACAAAAUUUUAAUACAAGGUUUAUUAUAAGUUAAUCUUUUAUCACUAUACAAAUUUCGAAAAUUCUAAGUCUUGAUUUUUUUGUAAUAAGCGUUUAAAGUUUAAAAUUUGAUUAAAAUCGUAAAAAUCAUGACAUUCGGUGUCUUAUUUUUCGAUUUAUGAGGAAUUGUGGGUACAAUAUUUUUGGUUCUAUAAUAAAAAUGGUUAACAAAUCAAGAUGAACUAUUUAUAUGUCCAAUUGAGGUUUAUCAAAACACAAUUAACUGAACUUUACUCAGAAAUGUUUUUUGUUAGCAACGAUUUAUCUUAGUGUCCAGGUAUAAAUUAAAUUAUCCUAUAUAUUAUCCUAUAUAUUUUACCUUCCUAACUUUCUAUCUAAAAUACAUUGGUAUACCUAUAUCAGCAUAGGCACAACUAGGGAGGCGCUAGAGGGUUUUUAGCACCCCUAAUUUUAAAAUUGGCACUCCUACAAAAAUAUCCAAUAAGCUGUUUUAUAGUAUAAACUAAAUAUUUUAUCCAUGUAUUUCAUAAUUAAUUAGCAGAACAAAACACAAAUUAUCUACUGGUAAUGCAUUUGUAAAUAUAAAGCUAAAAAAGUUAUGAUACAUUUUUAUGUAAAAAUUGUAAAUAAAAAGUGUAGUUGCUUAUUAUAAGUAUCGUGUAAAGGGGAUUGUGGGAGUACUGUCACUAUGGGUCUAUGAUGUGUCUAUAAUUUUAGCACUGCCAAGGUUGGUAGUCUAAUUGAACCUAUGCCUAUAUGAGUAUGAUGAGCGUAAUCGAUGAUAUACAAUACAAUCCACAGUGUAAUAUCUUUUUAAAGACAUCCCUUAGGGUAUUAUAGUAUAUAGAACUCAAAAACAUAAAUAUCAAUAUUAUAAAAUUAUUAUUCUUACCAAAUAAUAAUGUAUUUUUUUGUGAUAAGUCAUUUAUGAAAAUAAUCAGAUAAAAUAAAAUAUUUUGUAUCCUUUUUUUUCAUAUAUUAUAAGCCACGUAGUCCCUGAAUUCAUAUAAAACCGGUUCUAACAAGGAAAAAGAGUUGAAUUUUCGGUUUCACAAGACAGACUUCUCUUGGUGAUUAAUAAUCUACAACUGUCAUUGUGUACCUAUUAUCUUAUACGCUGUAUCUUCUGAAAAAUUAUGAUCACUAAGUCGUCGGUAUUAUUAUAGCUCGUGAACCAAACUAAUCACCUACAAUACAAUACUACAUUACUACAAUAGUGCGAUCACAUACAACGAUUUCUAUUGAUUUUAAAUUGAAAAUUUUAUACGUUUUGAUUUAUAAAAUAGUUUAGUUUCAUCAAGAUUUGAAUUUUAAACAUUAAUUCAAAACAAAAAAUCAUCACAUUAGACUUAAAUGUUUAAAUUUUCCUGACCAGUAAGAGUGAUUUAUAUAACGGAAAUUGUAUUAAUUAAGUCACAAAAAGUGUAUUGAAAUAGAUUUAAAAAAAGAAAUCCAUAAUUAAGUCACAAAAACAGCCAAAAUAUUUCGGAAAUUAUACCACGUCUAUAGAUUGAAAUUCCAGCAUAGAUAUCCGAUGAGGAUUUCAUAUUUCUACAAGAUUAUUCAUUACUCGCAGAAAUAAAUUCUAGAGUUCUUUUAUGUAUAGCCUGUCCCUUCGUACCUCUUUUAUAUUACACAUCCUUCUUCCAACUUCCUUAUAAAUGAAAUACAUUCGUCCCCGUGUCGACGUGUCCUGUCUCUCGCGUUCCGCUAACCUCGAUUCCUUGUUCACUUUUUGAUAAAUUUAAAAUUAUUAUUAUCUAGCUGUUUUCUGGUAACUAUUGUUAAUCGGAUCUCGUCUGUUUAUCUAAAUAAUAUAACAAAAUAGUCGUUUAUACGUGAAGUAUUUGCAUAUAAUAUUAUUUAAUAUAAUAUAUACUGGAUUUCAGUUGGGUGGGUAUAAAAAAUAUACCGAAAUUAAUUCGUAUAUUAUAAUAUUCGCACGAAACAUUACCAAAAAGCGACCGUACAGGUACUGUUCGUUUUAAUUGCAGUCCGGGCAACGAAUUAACCGCGAGAAACGCAAUUAAUAAACGGAGCAUGCGAAGAGAACGGUACCUAACUGCACAAACGCACACUUGAAUUUUAUUUCGCUAGACCGGCACGUGGUUUCGGUCAUGACACUUGCGCAAAAUUACCUACCUACCGUUAAGCGUGCGCAUAAUAAUAGCAAUAAUUUGUAUACCAUUUAUUAAUCGGAUUUUUUUAUUAUUAUUAUUAUUAUCAUCAUCAUCAUCAUCAUCAUCGUUGUACUAUUCGAGAAACCACCAUUACAAUACCUAUGUACACGUCAAUUUAUGCAUAACAUCUCAUUGUACAUUGUAUCUGUAUGCAUAUUAUGUUUAAAACGAUAUGCCAUUAUUUUAUUAGUAUAUAUGGUAUACCUAUGUAUAGCAGGGUUGGGCAAAUUCUCAUUUCGAUACUUCACUUUGAAUAAAUAUGCAUCGAUAUAAUUAUUCCCUACUAUUAUUCGAAUAUAAUAUAUUUUUUAUAAAUUACUAGUUUUUGUUGUCGGUAUGGAUCAACGCAAAAACAAAUAGCUUGCCUGGAACGCAUCCAUACAUAUUUUUUUGUAACUAAAAUUUUCCCACCACAUAAUUAAUAUCUCCCAGAUUGAUACAAAUAUCAGGAAGAGCACUUCUCAUUAAAUUAUCAUUAAAAAAUUUGUUUACAGUUAAAUCCAUCUUUGCAUAUUUUUAUCUAUAACAACUGUAACUUUCGUCAUCUGGUAUAUUAAACAUAUUUUUGUUGCCUAUUGACAACCAAAUUAACCAGGGAAAUUCGCCCAGAAAAAAACAAUUUCAAUUUUCGUAUUUUAAAGCGUAAAAUACAUGUGCGAACUCCCCUUUAGGUCUUUAGAGGUUGAGUUCCGGAAUAAAAAAUAGAUUUUUCUUUUGUUAUUUUGAAGGUGGGUUAAGUGCCCAAAAUCGAAAUAAAACUGUGUAAUUUAUUUAUAUAAAACACAUUAUAAACAUACGCUCAUUUGUAUAUUAUAUAGAAUUUUGAAAAUUGUUUUGUUUACAUAAAUGGCAAACAAGGGCAUAAUAAUAAUACAUUUCAGAAGGUGAAAAAAUGAACGAGUUUAUAACUCAGUAAAGCGUAGUAUAUAACAAUUCGUGUUUAAUCAAAUAAAAUAAAAUGUAAACUAUAUAUAGGUACUAUAUAAUAUACAUACUCAUGCUGCUAUAUUUGUAGUACUGAUGUAAACUACAUAAUAUUAUUAAAGGUGUAAACUAUUUUAUCGAGUCUCGAUUUAUGUGGGAAACAAUUCUUUAAUGUAGAUCCGCUUUACAAAUUUUAAAAUAUAGCCGGUAAUAUACCUGAAAAUAAUUGAAUUUAAACCUAUAUAGUACUCUAAUAUAAUGUUGGUGGUCCGAUACCUAUGUGUACGAUUUUUUUGAUUAUAGCCCACGGGACGAAACAACAAUAAUCAACCAUAUAUUGAUAUGAACUUUUUUUAUUAUUAUUAUUCACCCGCAAUCACAAUUGUUUUUUUCUUUCUUUUUUUUUUCUUCAAGAAGUAAUUAUUAUUUUUAUUCACCUACAAACAAACCGUGGGAUUCUUCAAUGUAGAUCUGAGUCAAUGUAUUUCUUUUUGAGUUUCAUUACUAGCAUAACAGUACAUUAUUCCAAAAUAGGAACACGUAUUUUAAUACUACUAAACUAUUAACAUAAUAAUUUUAGAAUUUAUUGCCUGUAUUUAUUUUGUAAAAAAUUAAGUACAAAUACCUAGAUAAUGAAUUGGCUUCAAAUGUAUAAAAUAUCUUGGCAUCACUUACAGUUAUGUAUCAUAACUGUUAUGUUAUGAUUAUUUUCUUUUUUCUUUGAGGUAUUUUAAAUUAAAAAAUGUAUAGUUCAAGUUAAUCAUGUAACAAUUGUUUCUUCAUUUAAAUUAAUAUUUAAUAAACAUAUUUAGCCCAGAACUCUAGGUAUAUAAUUAUAUGUUAUAUAUUUUAUUAAUAUGUAAGUACUUAAUGUAAAAUAAUAUGAUUACAAAGAAAAUUAAUGAACUUUUUUGCUGCGAAAUUCAUUUGUAUUAAAAAAAAAAAAAUAUUAUAUAUUUAUAAAGAAAUACAUAGAAACCAUAAAAUAAAAUAAAGUGAAAUAUUUACAAAUUGAAAAUAUUUAAUUAUUAUUUAAAAAAUACAAGAAUCACUUGUAUAUAAAUAAAUGUAAAUAGAUUAUAAAUAAAUUUAAUUUCGUUAUUAUUAUAAUAUAAACUAUUUACUUUUUUUUUUCAUACAUUUCGAAAUUUCACCAUGCUCUCUAUUAAUAUCUAAAUUCUAAAUUGAUUAAAAAACCAAUUUUCGAAUCAGCAUAGUUUUAACCUGACAUUUUCAGAUAUUACCUAUAUCUAUAUAAAAUCUAAUAGUUCGUUUUUUCUUUAUAUCGUGGUGAUUAAUGUAAAAUAAAGUUAUUAAAAAACAAUAAAAUAAAAUAAAAAAUGUAUUAUUGUUAGAAUAAUAACAUUAGUUAUGUUGAGAUCUACAUAACCAUCUUUAAAUUUCGUUAUUUGAAUCUAAUAAAGUAGGUAUACCUAAGACAUUAUUUUCGUAAGACAAUAAUAAUUAUGGCCUGCGUAUGUAAUAUGUAUAUAUUCUAAAGGGGAAAAGUAGUUUGAACCGAUCGUUUAUUUCUCUUCUUUCCCCACGCCCUCUCUUUAUUAUUUCUUCGUAUCUCUUUUAAGUACAUCAGGAAGCCCUACGGAUAUAGGAAACGUUUACGUGCAUAUAUGCGAAAACGACCGACUCACGAACAAUACGCUAUCUGCAUCAUAUUGUGAACGUCGUGUGUGUGUAUGUGUGUGUGUGUGUGUGUGGGUAUUUUGUUCGACAUUAAUUCAGCCGUUGUAUAAGGACGGAAUAACAUCAUUGCAGUGGCACAACACAGCGGGUUCUAGGUAUAUGAAAUUAAAUAUAAUAUAAUAUUAUGUAGAAUUUUUUUUUUUAUAACUCGCAAACAAAAAACAAAAAAUAAAUUCUUUUAGCGAAGAAAAACGAUUUUAAAAAAAGAAAUGAUUCUGAAAAUAUGAAUAAAAUUGUAACCUAUAAACGCAUAAUAUUGUACAUUUGUAUAUAUACCUGCCGCGGUUUUCGAAAUUGAAUAAAAACGUAGUUUUUAAUCUACAUGUAUUAUACAAAACAGUCGAGUGGAUUAUUAUUAUUAUUGUUGUAUAAAUAUAAUAAUAUUUCGUGUACUGCACCCAUAAAAAAUGUCCGUUUAUCAUCUGAAUAAUUUAUUAUGAAAUCGUUAAAUAUUAUAAUAUGAAUAAUAUUGUUUUCAAUUCCAUAACGUUUUCUUCCUGGAUUGCAUUUUGUUUUUAUUUGUUUACUAAUUGUAAAUUUAUUACUAGUCGUAAACAAUUAUUACCUACGUUAUAUUAUUAUUUUAUAGACGCGUGAAAGUUUAACAUAUGACUUAAGAGUAGAGAGUUUUUUUUAGCAUAUAUUUACUAUUCUUUAACAUCGCCAAACCUAGCAGAAUAUGAAUUGAUAAAUACCUAUAUAAAGUAUACUUAGGAAUGGGUUAUUAUUUUAUUAGACAGUGGAUGCAUAUGUUUAUCAUUCAUACACUGUUGCUCAAUGUCAACGGCCGGUAACAUAUUAUCAUUGACCAUAACGGUUAUAAGUUAUUACUUUAUUAGUGAAGUAUGGGAAAUUACAAAUUGUUCGCGGGUUACUAUCCGUUUGUAAUAUUAUUAAUUCAAAAAUCCAUAACAGUUUUCACCAUAAUUUACCUAUCAUAAGUUAUUACAAUUAUAUAGUUGCUAUCGUAAAGUUUUAUCAGAGCCGGAAUUAGGGAUGGGGGGCGGUGACUUAUCUCAGGGCGAAACCUUUUCGUGAGCGUUUUCGCGUAUUUUUGUUACUGAUAGAUAUUUCAUUAAAUUAAAUUAAAUUAAUUAAAUUAAUUUUUCAGUAUUAUAGGGGAUUUUACAGUAGCGCAACUUGAUAAUGAGAGGCCAACGUACAAAUUUCCACACUGGGGCCCUUUAAGGUUGUCAACUAUUUAAAUAAAUGUAAAAGUAAAAAAGGUGUCUUUCUAUACAUCUGCAUUGUCCGUCUCUGCUCACAAUAAGCAGACAAAAAAAAAAAAAAAUAAAUAAAUAUUAAAACAAAUAAUAUAGUCUGCGUGUAAAGCGCCAUGCUAACUAACGCUGGUAAUAUUAAGUAGGUAUCAAUGACAGCAAAAACAUACCUAUACCAUGUGUCGUGUGUGUAUAUUAUAAACUAUAGCAUAUGAGAUCUCGAGGGCCUCCAAAAUCUCGGGUUGGACGUGAAUUGCGCCACUGGGACUCUGAGAGAAAUAGUUUUGCAUUUUACAAGUAUUUAGGGUUGAGUGGGGGGAAACGUCACACAUAAAGUAUAGUAUAUUUAUCCUUGGGUGUUGUGGUUUUUAUAAUGUUUUAGGAUUUUGAUCGUCAAAAAGAUAUAAUUGUUCACUGUUAACACAAAGUACGCUUUUAUGUUAUUUAUAUAUUAUAUUUAAUAUUACUAAAUAUGACUUUUCUUUGUUUGAAAUUCAUUUAUUAAACUAAACAAUCAUUUCGUUAUACCUGUAUAUGUAUACCUACUUGUGUUUUUUUUUGUAAUUUUGUCUGGGCCAAGGUACCUAAAACCGCAGUAAGUUACUCUUUAUUCCAAGAGACUCUAAUACCUGGGUUUAUAUUUUUUAUUAUUUCUAAGAAUAGAAAAUGCGCUAAUAUUAUCAAAAAAAAAAAAAAAAUUUUUUUUUUUAGUCGUUAAACAUAAUAAUAUAAUCGCAUUAAAAAAAUAAAAAUAAAAAUAAUGUUACUAAAUCUCACAAAUCGGUGUCUUUGAAUCAUAAUAUUAUAUACACUUCUCUAUACCCACUGCCUACAACUACACCGACUACAUCGGAACAUCGCGCGCGGUAAUGGCCUGUCAAUGGGAGAUACUGUGCGGCACUGCCGCAGCGCGCGUAGAGAGCUGUGUCAGUUUCCUUUCUUUUUGCCGCCACUGCCGCCGCCGCCAUAGAUCCGAUCCAACGUGUACGAUAAUAAUACGCACGUAAACGUCUGCUGCCGCUGCGCUAUGACGGAGAACCGACGGUCGUCGGAGCAGCAACAGGUGCUUCGCCAUAAUAUUAUCCCGCUCAGUUCGGUCUCGCGUUCCAACGGUGAAACGUGUUUUUCGAUUGUCGCCGUGUCGUCCCGCAUGCGCGCGUGUGUCCGGAAUUAUGGUACCGGUACCGCCGUCGUUAUUGCCGCCGGUUGAGUGUCUCGUCCGCGAGGUUCGUCGUUGCGUUUUAUUACUGUUAUCACUGGUAUACCUACAGCCGCGGUCGUUUUUUUAACGGAUAAUAAUAAUCAUAUUUUUUUUGCUCAUUGAUAUUAUACAGUAUAUAUAUAUAUAUAUAUAUAUACAUAUAUAUAUACACACACGCACUAUAUACAACCGCAUCGCACGUCCCAUCGUCGUAUUUCUCCAUAACGUCCCCGAUGGAUCUACUAAACGCGUCGCUUCGCCUCGACACCACCGUCCAGGUAAAACGAUAUAACAAUAACGAUAUUUUUAAAACUUUAACGCCCGCUCCGUUUGUUUUUUUUUUUUCAACGUAAAAUUACCUAUAUCCCUAUACAGUAGGUGCCUGAUUAUUUGGGAACAAUUUUCUAUUCUCGAAUUUACCGUCGAAUUCAUAUUUUCUAUUUUUCUAAAUAUUUUCUUAGAAACUAUAUUUAUUUAAUACGUACUAUUAAGGACCUCACCUACAUAAACGCGCUGUUAUUGUUUGAGAUUAAAAUCGUUCCUGGUGUGCGGUUGAACGGUAUUAUUCACGUCGUUAUCAAUACAUUUUGAACGGUUUUUUUUUUUAUAUUAUUAAUGCUUAUGUGGUUUAGUUUAUAAACAUAAUACCGUUUCGUUAACAAAUUUGUAACAUUGUAUAUUUAUAUGAAAUUUUAUAGGAAUUUCGCAAUGCGCAUUUUCGAAGAAAAAAAUGCAAUAGAGGUACUAUAGUUUAAAAGUACCUAAAUUAUCAUUAAAAAAGUAAUUUAACACAUUUAAUAUGCAGUUUAUUACAUUGCAAUUAUCAAUUUUAAAGAUAUAUAAUAACUACUGUAGGUAGGUUCAAUUAUAUUUAAUUAGUUUAGAAACAUAUUAACUUCAUUAAUAAAUUAAAUACCUGCUUAACUAUUACUAAGUUAAACGGUUAAUUGCUUAAUUAUACGUCGAUAAUUAUUUUAACUAACGGUUUAACUAUUUCCCGUUUAGGUUCAUUAUUUCAUUGACACUGUGACAUUUUUUACAAAACACAAUAUUAAUACAAUUAUAGUUUAAUGAUAAAAAAAUAGGUAAUUUUUGAAAUUACAUCAGCGAAAAUACACAUAUUAUUAUCUUGUGGCCUUAACAUUGUUUUCUUCACAUAAACCAGCAUGUCCUAUAGUUAUAAAACCUCACCCACUAUAUCGUUCUAAACGAUAAUAAUUGAUUAACCAAAUUCAAUUUAUUGUAUAGUCAAAUCUAUUAGCAUGUGUGUUCGAGCGUAACAGAAUUUCAAACAAUGCGCAGAGCCUAAUCAUUAAACAAGCCAAUCAAGGUUAUCAUUUCCUACUAUUAAACAGUUUAAGACUUCAACUUCUUCCGAUCUUCAAUUUUUCUAUCGGUAGACUGCAGUUCUCUGUGCAUCUCUGUUAAAACUCAAUUCUCGAUAACUUUUCAAUAGACAAUAAAGCUAUAUAAAAAUAAAACGCCUGUGAAUAGCAGAGCUCCGUCACUAGAGUCGAAUUUUCCCCCAACUGUUUUGUAUUACAAAAUUUUGAAAAACAAUAAAUAACAGAAUACUAUAAUAGUAUAAUACUCAAUUAUACUAUAUACUACAAUUUAUUAAACUAUUUGCAAAAGAAAAGAAAAGAUGAAAUUUGAUCAUAAAAAUGGCAGGGACGGUGGAAUAUCAACAAAAGACACAUUCUUGAUACAAACGUCAUGUUAAAAUGUCAUUCCCGUAGCUUAAUUCGGGGGAUCUUUAGGGGUGUACAAUGCUAAAAAACCACCUUCUUCUCACAACAACAUAAUUCAAUUUAUAUCACUUCAAUCUGUCUAUAAUACAACUUUGAUUUUCGAAUUUGAACUCAAUUGUUCCUUCUGAAAGCCGCUAGAAAUGUCCGAAAGUAGCAAGAAACCAACAUAUGUAACAGACGUAAUACUGUGCAAUUGCUUCUAUUUGGGAACAAUAACGAAUACCUAUUUAUUCGAAAUAAAGCCCGCAGUAAUUCUUAUUUUUUAUGUAUACAAUAUUUUUAUGAUCGUAUAAUUAUCGAAUCAGAAUUAAUAAUUAUAAUUUAAUGCUAAAUAAUUACUUAAUUAAAUUUAUCAGGAUGUAUAAUAUAUAAACUAUACCUGGCGUUUUCCCUGUAAACUUAAAAUUAUUUGAAUUUAGUAGUAGAAUUCCUAUUUCAUAUAAUAUAAAUGUGGUAAAUAUUAUUUACACAACACAUUUUAUGGCAAUAUUAUUUUUGUUGAAUAUCAUGAUAAUAUUUUAAAUAUUUACUGCCAGUAAAUAUUAUUUUAAAAUACAAAUUUCCAGUGCCUACAAAGUCUACUAUAAUAAUGUUAGAAAUAAAACGAUAAAUUAUCUAUACCUGUACGUUCUCAGAAUUAUGAUCAGAAAGCUAUUGGACCAUAAUUAUUUUUUCCUAUACCUAAUCAUUUUUCAGAAAAAAAAACCGCUUUUUACAAUAGUUACGAAUGUUAUUUGUAUAGGUAUACAUCAAGUACACCUAGUGCGAAUGAAGGCUUAAGGAAUUUAAAAAGAAUUUUGUUUUAUCUUACUAAGAGUUUUGUCUUAUUUCACUUUAAUUCUUGAUAGGAAUUUUUACACGACUUAAUUAAACAAUUUAACAAUUAAAAACUAAUUUUUUAUGCAUCGUAAUAUUCAUAUGAAUAUUUAUGUAUUUUCAUAUUACCCUAAUGUCACAGUAAUUUUUAUUAUAUUACGCUGGGUAGUUAAAUACAAAUAAUAUAUUAUUAAGAAAUAUUUUUAUUACCAUCUAUGUUAUAUUAUUAUUAUAUUUAGGUAUUAUAGGUAUAACGAAUAAUGUAAUAUUUUAAAAAAACAACACUAGCUCGUACACUAAUAUAGUUCAUAACAUGAUGUUUUCAUCAACAUUUGAAUUAAUAAAUUUAAAUAUAAACACAUUUUUCCUGCUUAUUCUUUAAAAUAAAUUCUAUGAGGUCAAAAUGUAAUACAAAUAUACAGGUAUCUAUAGUGUAUGUACUUUAAUGUUACUUAAUUUGUAUUUAAUAACUAUAAAUCAUUAAAAAAUAAUUUAUUUUAUUAAAAAAUUCAAAAAGUCACGUGAAUUUCAGUUUUUAUAUACAUUAUGUACUUUUUUUAUAUUAAUUUUGAAUUAAAUAAUUAUCGUAUUUACCUUUCAAUUAUUAUUAUUAUUAUUUUUUAAUAAUAAUAGUUGCACGAGUAAUUUAAAGCAUACUUAAAUAAUAAUGUAUACUACUUAUUGUCCCGAAAGGACUAUAGAACAAUUUGCAAUUUUUUUUUUCCUUUUUUGCAAGCUUCGUGAAAUAACGAUUUUGAACUGUCAUGGUCCACUGCUCAUUCUCAGUAUACGGUAAUUUAAAAAAUAUUAGGAGUCAUGUAGGUAUCCUAUAAAGUAACAAUCAUUAUUUUUCAAAAGAAUACUGAACUAAUAUUGUUACAGGCGGGUAGAUAAAAAAACAUUGUAAUCUGUUCCAAAAAAAUUUUUUUUACCGUGACGUAAUAAUUUUCGGUAUACUUUUUUAUUUUUCAGAAUAUAACAACACAUUUUUAAAAUUGUUUAUAGUUUAUAAAUCUAGUCUAUUAGUGAAGCUUAUACACGUGUAGGUAUAUUAUUGAUAGGUCGAUAUAAUAUGUUGGAUAGAACUAAUCGGCCUCGACCCAGUGUCGUUUAUCGUAAAUCGGCUAAAGUCGUCUGUACAGUAUACACUGGUGUAGAGCCUCCGGGAAUAAUUACGAUUGACCACAAAUCAAUACUGGCCUUAACCUCCUAGCUGUUGGACAUUCACCUCUUUGAUCUAACCAAUUGUGAUUUUUGGUCACGAAUUCAAUUUAUCGAAUUCGUUUCUUCGACAAUACAUUUUCCUAUUACGCGAUAGAAGAGACGAUUUCGAGUUAUAAGCCUCAUCGCGAAUAAUAAUUUCCGUUAAUAAUAAUUACAUUUGAUACCAACCAGCAAUAUUGCACUGCGCAGGACAAUUGUUUUCCAAAUAGGGUUUGUGAGGGAAAUUCGGUUGCAUUAUAUUAAUACACAACUUAGCGUAGAAAUUACUCGCGUUAAAACUUACGAAAUAAUUUCUGCUACAAUCCAUAUUGGAUUUCGGGGUCAAAUAUAAAUCUUUAUUGUUUACUAUAAUAUAAUAUGUGUGACUAAAGUAUUAAUUUAAAAAAAUUAUGUAGCUAUGACACACGCGUGAUGAUUUUUUAUUAUUAUUAAGGUACGAACUAUAAAUAUAGCAUAUCAACGAACUUAAGGAAAAUUAGGAUUAGGAUAUUGUAAUAUAAUAUAGUAAACAUAUUUAGAUUUUAGUAGUCUUGUAAAGUAUUUGAGUAAAAGUAUUUAAGUAAAUGUAUUUAAAUACUGUCUUGGACCUAUUUUUAUUUGAAUUUCAAAUACUUCCAUGUAAAUGCUUUAUUAGUUUAAACAUUUAAUGUUUAAUAAGUAUCUAAUAAAAUAAAAUAUUAUAUUUUGUAUUCCGUGAUUUGGAUCUUGUGAUAUCGUCCACGUUAUAAACCUAAGAGAGCGAAGUCAAACAAACGCAAAUUGACAGUGUCGUGACGAAUGCGACAGAAAUUUAACUACCAUGAAAGGCUUACAACAAACAUUUCAUAUAUAAACAUAUUUAGAAAAAACCAUGGUGCUUAAGUGCAAAACAAAAUUUUGGAGAUGAUUACGGCAUGGUUUUAUAGUUCCCAUUUCAUUAACAUUUGUUUAAUUCAUCUAAACUCUAAAGUAUUAAAUUAUUUCUGAAUAAACAUACAACACAUUUUAUUUAUUUUCAUUUUUCAGUAAAAAGUAAUGUAGAUAAUACCAAUUUCUAAUAAUAGGUACUUAAAUAGUACCUUAGUAGUACCUAGUCAUUUAAAUAGUAGAAUAUUAAAUUUUGGGUUCGAAAUUCCAGAAUGAAUUUUACAAACCUACUUGAAUUAACUAUUAAGUCAAAUAAAAAAAGUAUUUGAGACGUAUUUAAAUACAAUUUAAAAAGUAUUUUUUACAAGACUGAUUUUUAGUAUAAAUGUAAUAUUUAUAUAUAACUUUUUUGACCUUCUAAUAUAUUAUAUUAAUAUUUUUCAAAUAUAAUAGAUUAUUUGAAAUGUUAUUUAGUAUGAAACGAAUAUACAAUAUACAUUUUACACAUAUUUAGGAUAAUAAUAACUUAAGUCAUAUUAAAAGUAAAAAACUACUUUACUAAAUUGGUGAAUUGUUAAAUCAUCCUUAACUAUAUGUAUUGAACUCAUAAACUUAUUUUGUAUUCUAAUUUAUAUUGUUAUUUUAUAGACUUUCAACAUAAAACUCUUGUAGUUAUCCCAUAGGAAUAUGUGCUCGUCUUGUUAUGUGAUAAUGUUAUUCAAAUAAAAAUACGUAAUUUUUGUAAUGAAAUAUAAAUUCAAAAAAUAUAGGUAAACACAAUAAUAAUAAAAAAAAAAAUGCGUAUCUAGAUAACUUUUUAGAAACAAUUUAAAUUUUAACAAAAUAACCAAGUUAAAAUUGUUUAUUAAAAGAAAUAACUAAAUUAACUUAAUAAAAAAACACAUUAAUAUAAAAUAAUACGUUGGAACAUAAUAUUAUUGCACAAAAAUGUCUUUAAGCUAAAAACUGAUGGAAAACGCGAUUUAUCGAUGUAGGCUACCCGUGUAUAAUUUACAGUUUAUUGUAAAUAACAUAUAUAAAUCGAUUGAACGUUUUGUUUUGUUUUUUUUGUUUUAUCGAUUAUGUUACCUAUUAUAAUAAUAUAUGUGUUACGUUAUAUUGUUAUCCGGGUAAACCGUGUGUUCUUCUCGUUGCAGUCGACUACAAAAUAAUAUAGUAUAUAAUAAUAAUAAUGCACCUCACUGGGAUUUCAUUCAUUCAUAUACUCUCGAUAUACAACAAUUAUGUACAAACAACAAUCGCGGGGGAGAGGGGGAGGGAGAGAUGUCGGUCGUUUAAUUAUUUAUUCGAUGUUCCAAACGAACGAACUGAGAACUCGUUUAGUUUUUUUUUUCUCAACGACUUCCUUUCGUACCUGUACAGCGCAUGUUCCACAUAAUAAAUUAUUUACCUAUCGUUCGAAAUUUCAUCAGCCGGUUUGAGAUAUUCUCUCGGCGGCGGCAUACCGUCUAGGAGGAGAGGGAGGGGUACCUAUAAUAUUAUAAUAUAGUGAAUCGCAGCUCCGCCGCCGCCGCCACAGUAACCAGUCUUCCGAUUUAGCCAAUUGUUCUUAUUUGACAUUUAACCGAGACUUAUCUGGGACACGCCGAGUGCCCUUAUACGGUAAAUGGGCCGAUUGUUACGUACUUACAUGCGUGUGUGUGUGUGUGUGUAUUAUAAAUUCGGGGCGCUCUUCCGGGACUCCAUGUCUGACCGUAUCGUCGUCACUAGCCCGGCAGAAAUUGUCGGUGAAAAUAAUAAUACGUACGUACCUCAUCGUAUAAUAUAGCAGCAGUGUGUCGUAUAAUAAUAUAGCGGAGGCACGUGCUCGCGUAUACCUCUGUUAUAGACGUCUAUAUUAUAAUAUUACACCGAUAUCGUAUUUGGGUGUACGCAAAACCGUAUGAACCGUUUGAACAUAAUAUUAUUAUAUCCGUAUUCCGCCGAUGCGCCGGCGAGGGUAGUCGGCGGACGACGACGGCGACGGCAUAGGAGAUUGUAGACGCGUUUCCGCAGGGAGAAUAAAAAUCGCGGAAAAUACAUAUACCUAUACAUAUAAUGUAUAACUUACGUGUGUAUGUAUAUAUAUAUACAGGUAUACGACCAUCAACCCGGUAACGGGAGAUUCGUUCGCAUCAUAUAGGUGGGUCAGUGGACCAAGAGGCUGGUUAUAAUAAUAAUAAUAACGCGGGGCCCCCGUGCGGCGGCGGCUGCGGAAAGAGUAUAUAUAAUAAUAUUGUGCGGAUAAGUGGCACAUCCUCCUCGUGUGAAAAGAUACUUUGGCCAUCGCGGGAACGUGACCCCGGCAUUUACCAUUUUUUUUUAUUAUUAUUAUUAUUUUUUUUUUUUUCGUAUACUUACGCGUAUACACCCGCGUAUUAGCAUUGUUUUGUUCCCACCGUCGCGGUCCGCGCCGUCUUAAUAUUAUAGCGUAAAUCCCCGCUCCGAACGGCUGGAAAUUCAUUUUUUUAGGUUUGUUUUUUUUUUUUGUUUGCUCGAUCAUCUCGCGAUUAAAUUUUUAAUUUGCUUUUUUUUUAUUACUAAUUUUGUUGUUCUAAAUAGGAGAAAAUCGAUUAAACGCACUUUUAAUUUUAUAUUUUUUGCAAGACAAUAAUAUAUAAUUUAUAUAUAUAUAUAUAUAUAUUACAAUAAUGAAAACAAAACUAUGAUCAUAUUUGAUUUUCGGCGUUAUACUAUUAAGUGUAAUAAAUACUAAUAAACAUUGAACAAAAAAUAUUUGAAAUCCCUUCAAAAGUGUAAUACAACAUAAUAUAGAUAUGAUUUGCAAAUAUAAUAAACCACAACAUGUUAUAUGUCACGAGUAGAUAAAACAUAUGAUAAUAUUUGAAAAGCAGAAUUUCUUAAAAAAAAAAAAAAAAAUGACCCCGGAAAAAAAUCUGAUAUUGCUGAUUAGUGUGCCGUUGUUGUAGGUGUGAAGUUAGGAAGGUAGGAUACGUAAAGUUAUUUAAUUUAUAUAAAAGUAAGAUUUCUGAUAGAAAAAAUAAAUUGAAAAUAAUGAAGCUUUUAGUGCCGUGAAUUUGUCCGUUCUUUCUAUACUUUUUUCCCGGGUAGAUAAAUGUAAACUGUUUCGAAAAUAAAAAAAAAAUGGCCUCUUCAUUGCACUAGCUAGAUUCAAAAUGUUACUUAAAUGCUUUCUUGAUUAUAGCAAGAAAAGUCGUUUAUUGACAGAAACAAAAGCAUAUAUCAUAAUAGAAACAUGCAUUCUUCGCUGCGUUUAGAAUAUAAGAAAAAAACAAAAAUGUCGGAAAAAAGCAAAACAAAAAUUUCAAAACUGAGUUUAUUGUUACACCUAAUUAUUUGAAUUUAAUAUGAAAAAAACUAUAUCUUACAAUAAUAUAGCAAACAUACAUUGACUCUAAAUUCAUAACUGAUACAAACAAAAUUCAAAAAUUAUUGCAUGAAUUAUAAAAUAUUAUGUUAAUCUAUGAUAUAAGUCUUAUUACGGCAUAAUAAUAUUAUUCAACUAAAGAUAUCACCUAUCUCGUAUAUUUCAUAUUAUAAAGGAUUAUCGCUGUAGAUAAUACAAUAUUACUAUUCAUAAAAUGUUAUGUCUGUUGUUUACAUUGUGUUCGCGGUCAAAACUAUAAUAAAUAAUAAUGAUAAUAAUAAUAAAGCGUACGUAAUCUACGAGAAAAAUCACUACAGCGUUACAGAAAAAAGUUAUUACAAUAUUGUUAAGGUAACCCGCAGUAUAAUAUUAACAUUGUUACUUCUCAUACAAAUUCUUUUUCCGCGGUGUUCGCCGAAAACGAAUUAAUUAAUAUUGAGCUAUUAUUAUUAUUAUUAUUAUUAUCUGUUUACAUACCUAAGGUUAAAUAUUAUUUGUUAUUAGAUUUUUUAAUAUAUUCGAACAAAACGUAUGAUAUACCUGAUAUAUAUCAUAAUGUUUUCCUUUCGUUAUAACGUUUUAUAAUUAAAUUUUAAACAGUAUAAUAUUAUUAUUAUAGUUAAUACUUAUACCUAUAUCAAUACAAACACGCGAAUGUCAAUAUAUAUAAUAUUAUGUAAUACGUAAUUUUCAACAUUAUUAAUAUUUGUUUUUUUUUUUAAACAAACUUGCGGAAUGAAUUAAGCUCCCAGGUAUUAUUAUGUUUUUUUUUUCUCAAACUAAUAGCCCAUCAGCUAAGUAAUAAUCUUUUUGACAUCUGACGGCAUUAGAAAGUCGAAUACGCGAGGGGAAAGCUCUCGGACCGCAUGUGACAUUAUGAAAUAAUGAGAACUGUUAGCAUAUAGAGGUACCUCCGGCAUUUCCUGUGCCUGUGGCCAUAAAAAAAAAAAAAACACGCUACGACUAUAAAUAGUGUAAGUAACUGUUGCGAAAUUAAAACACUAUAUGUAUAGUAGAUCUAUAUGUGAUAUAUCGUAAGUAGUUAAAAUUGAAAUUGUCCUCGGAGCGCAAUUUUCGAAUAUUUAAAUAUAUAUAUUAGAAACUUCACAGUCGACAUUAUAUUACAAUAUUCGAGCCUACUUAUAAUACAUGUAAAAUAUAGUUUAAUCUGUUGCGGGACUAUAAAACACACUCUUAAAAUUAAAUUCGUUUGUUGCAUAAUCGAAUUAAAGUUAAAGUAAAACAAUAAUUUCACUUUCUUUUAAACGGGAAGUAUGUACUGUAUAAUAUUAUUAUCACCUGUCGAUGAAAAAAAAAAUAAAUAUUAUAAAUUUAAAUUAACCUUGCGGCUAUUUAGUUAGUCUUUUAAAUAAAUUAUUGACAUAUAUUUUGGUAUUGUAUUUGAAAGUUAACGUAUGGUCAUAUUAGAGUGGGAUUGAUUUUCGUGAAUAUAUAAUUUGUACCUGCGGUGUCAUUUAAAAAUAUACGUUUCCAUCACGUUUAAAUAUUUUUGUUAUGUUUCAGCACUCUAAAUAAUACGAUAGUUAUAAUUUAUUUAAAAUUGACAAAUAUUUACUUAUUUUCAAUAAAUAAAAUAAUUCAGUUAUAAUGUAAAACGUUGCAGCUUUGUCAAUACAAAAUUUGAAUUAGGUAUUUGUUACCUAUGCAUGUAAGUACUAGUGAAUCCGACCUUGAAACCAUUACGUAUUUCUUUUUAUAACAUUUUCAAAUAAUUUUCGGCAGUUAUGAAAUUAAAUUUCAUUAUUUAAUAAUAAUUACUCAAUACAAUGUAUUUAAAACCAUUUAUUAUAUUCGUUAUUUGUAUGUGUAUCUUUGUAAAUUAAGAAAAUCAUUUUUAUUUUUAUUUUUGUUAACUUAUGAAAAUAGUUAUAUUUUUUUUUCUCUGCGUAAAACGUUUAUUUAUUUUAUUUUCCACAUUUUGAUUUUUCAGUGCAUUUUUCAAGGUUUUUUGGUACAUUAAAUUCGGAUCCUUAAUAUCUAUAAGAAGUAUUUAAAAAGACAUUAUAUUAAAAAAUCGUAAAAAUAUGAUACAUAUUUAAGUCUACAUGUUUACUCCUACAUUUUUUAUUGGUAGAUUUAUAGUAUAUUUAUUGUAUUUUCACCUUUGUGUAGUAUAGUUUAAUCAUAAUGAUAUUAUGUCUAUAAUAUAAUGCGAAGAUAAUCAUACAGGUAGUUUAAGACUUCCGUGUACACGGAUACUAUACCGUACAACCCAUAUCUGCGUAAUAUACAUUUAAUCAUAGUAAAACACCACAUAAAAUAACGUCGACACUCCCGCGUAGGUGUAUGUUUUAUGUAUUAAAACAUUUGAAGUAUUUUUUUUUUCAGGGUAUGUACUGAAUCGACCCAUGCUCGUGUUUUUCAGUUUAAUCGUCCUCCUAGUUCUUCCUCGCCAUUUCGAUUCUACGACUUCCCUUCUUUCCACUUGAUGCUUCAAUGUGUAUUUUCCCUGUCGGUUUCUGUCUAGCACUGUGUACGAAAUAAUGAUGUUUGGCUUCCCCGAGCGUACUCUGUCUAUUAUAAUCCCUUACUUACGAUAACUUCUAUACGAUGUUCGGUCUCUGAUACAAUAAUUCGAAUUCCUCAUUCUUUCUUAUUUUUCACUCAACGAUUUCUGUGUAUUUUUACAUCCACAUAAAUUUUCUUUAGAAUUUUCCUUUCGAAAACAAGAAGUUUAUUUUCUUAGGUUUUUCUAAAUAUAUGAAGCAUAUCGAUUUUAAAACUUCAAAGAAAAAAAUAAAAUAAAAUACGUUAUAUACCGCCGUAAAUAUAGCAAAUUAAUAAAUUAUUAUUGGAUACGCGUUUACGAACCUAGUCGUCGUUUACUUCCCGUCGUCGUCGUCGUUAUCUCAUUAAUUACACAUUAUCACGAGAACGUGCCCUUAAUUGGUUUUAAUGUUUAAUUACUCAUUAAGAAUUAUAAUAUGAGUAAGUAUAGGUAGGUAGGUAGGUAGGCGUUAUUACCUAUUGGCUGGUGAAUUUUUUUUUUCACUUCAAACACGCAGCACAUGUGUGAUUUCUACAUUUUUCUUGUCACUUGCCUUUAAAAAUAAUGAAAUACCGACUAAACCUAACAUAUAAUUCAUUCCGUUAAAUAAUCACUUACAGUUUUCACUCUAAUAGGUUAUAUUAUUUACUCCACUCAACUCGUUUGAUAUGUAUAAUCAAGUCACUACAGUCAGUUAAUUAAACUAUAAAUUCAAUUUACGAAAAAAUAAAGUGUCACUUUUUUUAGAUUCUGAGUGUAGCGAGGAAUGUAUUGGUUUUUCUAUGCGAUUCUAUUACUUCAAUUCAAAAAUGACUAGAGAGCUAUUUUGUAGUAUUUUGGAUUUAGUUGAUGCAUUUUGAGAUCAUUUAUUGUUUUUUUUUAUAGGUUUCUUAAUAAUUAAAAAAAAAAAGAGAGAGAAAAAAGUAAGCAAAAUAAGAAAGUUUACGGCAAUAACGAUGUCGUUAUUAUUUUCAAUUUUAUAUUUUGUUGUCAUUUUAUAAAAAAUAAUUUUAUAUACUUGGAAUGUUUACAAAGUACCUAUGUCAACCUUUUCUAGGUGUGAUAACAUUUUCAAAACAUUCUGUAAGUGGUUUUUAAAUUAUCUCUAUAGACAUUUGUCAUUUAUUGUACCUAACCUAUAAAGUAAUUUUAUAUUUAUAAUAUUAAUUUAUUAUACUAUAUUAUUAUUUGGACAAUUUUAUUUGGCUCACUCAAUAAUCAUUUAUCUAUAGUAAAAAUCGCCAAAAUCGUCCGAUUUGGCUAAACUUUUAAAGCUUCCACAUCUUUAUUUACUUUAUAUUAUUUUUUGGACUCUAGAAGACUUUUCCCCACAGGGUUUUGUUCCAGCACUUGCAAUGUCCGUAGUAGUAGGUUUUUGAUUUCUUGAUGUAUGCCUAACCUAUCGCUGUCUUUAAUUGUAAUUGAUUUCUAUAAUAUUAUUUUCUCUAACGUAAUAUGUAUUAGAUUCUCUGUUUUUCCUAGGUUUUCGGAAUUUAAUGUACAUAGAAAGAAUAUUAAAAGACCAGUAAAAAAAAGAAAUUAUUUAUUUCUACUUUAUGUUGAAAAUAUAGACAUAAAGUUGUUUUGACUCUGAUAAGCGUAAUGUAGGUUUUUUUUUUGUAAACGUUUUAUGAAAAUCUUAAAUGUCACGGCAUGUUUAACCGAAAUUUGGUCAUAAUUGUUUUCUGAUAACAGUGAUUUAUCACAGAUGUAAUCUAAAUUACUCUAUAUCUUUUACCAUCCCAACUGCUCUCCUACAACAGUGGCAAUAUCGGUUCUUUUUUAUUUGAUGUACGCUUUUUCUAAAAUACAUAUUUUUAUAUCCAUGUACCGGGUACUUAUAUAAAUUAAAAACAUAUUAUGUCUCUCUGAUGGUCUUAGUUAUUACCACAUCACAAUUCAAAUACUUAUACAUGUGUUUUGAAUUUGUUUCUUUUGCAGAUGAUUAAAGAUUCAGUUGAGGAUUUGUCAAUUACGAGUAAAAACUCUAGCAGAGUCAAAGACCUGGUGAGUACUUACACAACUUUUAAUUUGCGUCGACUAUAUUAAGUUAAGGUGUUAAGAGAGAAUUUGGUUCGCUACAUAAGUUAAACAAUAUGUUGUCGGAACACAACGACGCUUCCGGUGAUUUUUUUUUUUUAAAUUGAAACCCGUUUUUCACAUGCAUUCUGCCGGUCGAAUUCAUUAUAACAUUAUUAAGGUGAUAAAAGAUAACGCUAGAAGGCCUGUUCCCGAUAAGAACAAUAAUAAAAUAGAACAAUAACAGCUUGUCGGUCGAUGUAGACUCCACAUAAAAUAAAUGUGUUAAUACGCGUACUAGUUUUAAUACUAUUAUUUUGCACGUCAUCGCGCUUUAAUCGAAAAUGUUACUGUUCAGUAUGACUUACUAUAGUUACUAUAUAUGUUUAAAUAGAUAUUCAUCUAAAUCUUUAAUUAUUAUUUAUAAUUAAUACAAUAUAAAUACUGUGAAUUCAAAAGAAAUCUUCGAAAUAUUGCAUUUUACUUAGUUAAUCGAAACUCGAAAUGAUUAAAUCUGAUGAUUAAAGGGAUUCAUUUGUUGAACAUCGAAAUAUAGUUUGUUUAAACUCGUUUAUCAACUAUUAAAUGAAUGCAAAUAAAAACUAAGUCAAGUUGAUAAUAAAUCAAAUUCUAAAAGUUAAACUUAACUUAACUUUUAACUUUUCAUUUGGGUAAUGCCCAACCUACAGCAUUUUAAUUUUUUUAAAAAUUUUAAGUGAAUAAUCGCUUUUUUGGGAUUUGAAAUGUUUUUUCAAGGUUUUUUAGUGCAUUUCAUAGACCUGUGUAUGCGAUAAUAAUAAAAAAUAACUAUAAUAGAUAAUUGCUGUAUAAUGAACAAACUAUAAUUAGCUAUUAUUAGAUAUCUCUGUAUGGUGAUUAUAUUUUAUUUCAAUACAUUAUGAAUAAUUAUAAUCAAUGUGUACAAUAAUUAAAAUGCGAAUACAAUGAAAGUUGUAUAAUAUACGUGUCCCGUCAAUUAAUUAAAUAAUUUAUUCGUAUUAUAUUUGUACAUACUGUGUAUUUAUUCCGUAUCGAAUAAUGUAAUAGUGUACUUGCGUAUUGCACGUAAUGUCAACACGUUAAGUGAAAUAUGUUAUGGUAAAAAAUAUUAAUAAAAAGGGAGUAAUAAUUAUUGAUUAAUUAUAAAUUAUUCGAAAACUCUUAUUUAUGAAACGCAUUUUUUUUUCUUAUUAUAUAUAUUAUAUUGUCUUAAUAUUUUAUUCAUGACUCACAAUAAUAGUAUAAUAGGCAUAUAACAUACUACGAUAUUAUUAUAUAAUCAUUUCAUUCAGGCUUUUUUUUUUUCCAUUUAAUCAUUCAAAAUAAAAAUCCAUAGGUACAAUGUAUAUAAUAUACCUAUAAUUAUUUCAACCUUGAUACACAUUUAUUUUAUAAUAUACGACCCGCCGCGCCAUUUAUAUGACGUGUCGAACAAUACCUAUAGUAUACUUAAUAAUUUCAAACACCCCGUGUCAAUUUAAACAUUAUUUAUUACACAGCCAGUUUCUUUCGUUCGGAAUCAACCUAUUUUAACGCGAGCUCUAAUUACUUAUUAGUUAUUAUACACUUACAAGUUUUUACGAAAAAUAGCAAUUCGUGUCGAACAUAUUACUCUAUUAUACCAUUGAUUAUAAAUAGUUAGGUACGUUGUUUUCCAAACGGGGGGCACCCCUUCCUACCGAGGAGCGUAAACACGUUGCUGGGGAGGCACAAGCGAUUUUAUUAUUGUUAUUAUCAAUAAAAAAAAAAAUAGUCAUUAUGAAUAUUGGGUAUUGUUUACUUGCAAAGUAUACAAAAAAAAGUCAUCAAUUUCUUUUAUCAAUUUAUGGGAGGCUUAGAACCUCUAAGAGAUUGAAUUCAUGAUAACAUGCGUAGAUGACCAAUUAAAUAAAUGCAUUAUCAAGUAGAUAUCAGGCAUAAUAUUAUUUACAAUAUUAAUUGUACAGGCGUACAGCCCACUGUAAUAAUAUUACAUAGUAAAGUUUUUUUAGUCUCGGUCAUUUUGAAGUAGCUUAGUUAAGUUAGUUAGGUUAGGUAGGUUAAUUAUAGUAGGUAUACCUAUAGUAGAAAUUAAACAAUCUAAUGGAUUUAAAAUUAUCAUCUAAAGAAUCAUAUCUAGGCAUUUUGAAAAAAAAAACUAAAUAAUAUUAUGGAGUAUAAAAAAAAGUAUCUAAUAAUAAAUACAAUUUAUUUAAUAUGAAAGAAACAAUUAUAUUCUAUAUAAACGGUGAAACUGUUUUCUAUAUUAGAAAAUAAAAUCUUUAGGUAUGUUGCACGAAAAGACAAUCGGCACUUUUUUUUUUAUUACCUACCUUCAUAUUUUUAAUUACAAGUUUUCGUUUUUGUGAAUGCAUUGUGUACUUAAAUAAAAUCAUAAUAAUAAUAAUGUAUUUAUCGGUUAUGAUGCAAAAAAUAUUAUUUGUAUACACUAUGAUAAGUGAUAAACAGCAGCUGAUAACAAUAACAUAAAAACGUAAUAACAUCAUAGCAUGAUAUUUUAUAUUAUUUUCAUUGAUUUGCUAAAAAUUUUAGGAUGUUAACACGCAUUAAUGAUGUUUACACAUAUUAUUAUUAUAUUUUACUUCGAUAAUAACAAUAUUAACGAUCAUUAAAAAAUAUAAAAAUUUAAUAUAUUGUAUUAUUUGCUAUACGAUUCAAUAAUAAUUACAUUAUCUAUAUACUUAUAUGAUUUUGAUAAUAUAGGUUGUAAUAUAUUAUUAUUAAUAUAAUCGCAAUUGAUAAUUCAGUUUAUUUAACUUUUAAUAAAUUAGUAUUAGAUUAAUAAAAAUUGCACAUGUAAACAUAAAAUAUUACGGAUAAUAAUAUUGUUCAAGGUUAUAUUAUUAUUAUUAAAAUAUUACGAUGUGUAUAAUGUAUAUUGUAUAAGUGUACACAAAUAUAAAAAAAAUCGUAGGUACGCGUUAGAUUUGAUUUAACAUAAAAAUAACAUUAAAGUGUGGUACUGAGAUUAUACCUCUACGAGUAAAUGACAAAAAGUUGUACUAGGUGUACAGAGUUAUUUUUUAAGUACAUAAAAAAGCAUUGAAAAUUAUUUAAAUUACAAACUAAUUUACGUAUUCCGCUAUAAUAGCUGUAAUUGCGUUUUAUAUAAAAAAAAAAAAACAAAUUAAUAGUGGUAAUUUAACUACAGGUACCUGUACCUAGUGCAUUUUGUUUUAUUUCUAUUUUGUAGUACCUACCUAUAUUAUCGAUAAUAAUAUUGCAAUAUUUGUUUAUUAAUUUUUUAGAUAUUUAGAUACAAAUAUAUUUUUUUUUUUUAAGUUUCGUUUCGCCGAAUGAUAAUUUUUACUGUUAUUUAAUGUAGGUACCGAAUUAUAUAUUUAUAUAUACGUAAUUAAAUUAUUGUAUAAUUUAUUAUACUUUCAACUGAGUAGGUACUUUAUACGCUCUUGAAUUUGUAUAUUAAACAACUUUAAAUGUAUAUUAUAUAAAACUUUAAAAUUUAUUCACAUUAAACGUGCGGUAAUAAUUUUAAUAUCGAUCGUAAUAUAGUCACGAAUCGUCACGAUGAUUAGGUAAACCAAAAUACAUUUCGAUGGCAGAGAUUUUAUUAUUCAAUCGUCGUGUCCAAAAAUCGUGGAAGUGAGUGUAAAAAUGUUCACAAUGAAAAUAAAGGUGUCACGUAUUGGCCCGGAACGUAUAAAUCAUGGGCCGUGUUGGCCCGGAAACUAAAAAUUAAAAUCUAUAUUUGUCCGAAACGCAGGUAUAAUUCCGGUCAAAUACGGCUUUUAGUUUUUAAAUUCCCAGAAAAAGCUUUCCGGACAAAUACGUUCCAGAUUGGCAUACCCCACUUUUAAAUUAAAGAACACGGCUUAUAUCUUGGAAAUGGCAUAGGUUAAAUUUAGUUAAAUAUUAAUUUUUAAAAGAAGUUCCAUUUUUUUAUUUUGAAUAUCUACCGUUUAAUUAAAGUAAAUUGAAAAUGAAAACGUCCUAUCCUCGUCAUAAUAUAUUUGCCUUGAUAUAGUUUUUAUGACAAAAGUAAAAAAGAGUAAAAAUACAUGAAUACAAAUUCUAAAAUCACUUUUAAUGGUAUUUUUUUUUCGUUUUACACGAACAAUAAUGUGUUUUUAAACGAAUUCCGUGAUUACACGAAAAAUAUUUUCGAUAAGAACCCGAUACGAGUUUUAAAUGAAAACGAAUUUGAAUAUUUUUGAGUAGAGAAAUUUUAAUUUGUUUCAAAAUCCUCGUUAAAACCGCCAAUAAAUAUCGGCAGUGUGACCUGACCUGCUCAUAAUUCAUGAAACUAUAAUAUAAUACUUAAUAUCAAAAUUAAAUCAAUAUUAAAUUGCUAUCUUCUUUCAAUGGUUUUUUUUUAAUAAGAAUCAAAUGAGUCAUUUUUUAUUUUUGUAGUCUCGUUAAAAAAACUGUCACAUUUUGAUUUUCUAAGACCAUUAUAAUAUUUAGUGUACACUUAACUUAUAUUAUUUUAUCGUCAAUCUUGGGGUGACUAAAAUCUGGUUUUAGAGGGGCUAUAUUAGAUAUAGGGAAUUAAGUGUUGAAUGCUUAUUUUCGUUGAUGAGCAUAUAACUUGAAAAUUAUUUGACCUGUUUGUCUAAUUUAUAUUAUAUUCAUAAUUGCUAGGAAAAAAUUUUAAUGAAAGAAAAUUUUUGGAAAAUCCACCAGAUAAGCCGUAAAUUUAAAUCGUAUUUUUAUAUGUAAAUUUCAAUACUUUUUUUUAUUUUAUCCAUAUCACUAAGGUAGCCCGUAAAUAAACAAAAAUAAUUGCUGUAACACAUUUCCAUAACAAAAAAUUGUUAUGAACAAAAAUAAAGGUUUGUAUGAAAAAAGGGUUGAAAGUUUGGAUGGUAUUAGAUUCUAGGUGGGACGAGGAAUAUGUUGUUUUUACUAUGGUGUUUAUUUAUUUAUUUAUUUUAUUUUUUUAUGUGAACAAUUUUUCUACAAGAAAGCAUACUCCUAUUGUCAAGUAUAGCACCUUUUCUGAAAGAAAAAGUUCUUUGGGUGGUACUUAACUUGACUUGGGAGGUCAUUUUUUGAAUUCUCGUUAAUAUUAAAUAUAAUAAGAAAAACCUGGUUCUUUAGGUUAAAGAGAUUGAAAGAUUAAAAAUAAGGCUAUCUUCGGCAACCGUUUUUAUUUUUUUUUUUAUUUUUAAGUUUUUAUUAUUUUAAAUCUUUUUUAUACAAUCAUUGUUAUAAUCAUUUUACUACAAUAUGACAUACAUAUUGUUGAAAAAGCAACUCCGCUCAGAAUCAUUUUUUCGUUAGCAAUUCAGUGGGAAACGAUUGGAUGAGCAGGUUAUUAGCUUUUAAAGUCUUUAAUCUGUUUAUUAGAACAAUAGUUAGAGGCACCUAACUAAAAUUUUGCCCUGUAUUUGCACGUUUUAUCCCAACGGUUUUAAGUUCGAGCCUGAAAACAUAUAUUAUUUUAUUUUAUUUUUUUCCUAUUUUUCAUUCCACAAACGUUACGUUACCACAAGAGUUAUAUGGAUUAACUUUUUCAUUUCUUAGCUAUCAAAUAAUUAAUUCAUAUAAGUUUGAAAAGAAAAUUUUAAAAUUUCAGUGUUAAAACGGUUAACUGCAGUGAUAGGGACGGGGAUUAAAAUGGGAAAUCCAGGGGGGAAACCUUUUUAUUACAUAUUUGUUUGGCACGGGCAACGUUGGACAGAACAGUUAAUGUAAUAUAAUAAUAUAUUGACAUGUGCUGUGCUUGUAUAAUAAUUAUUAUGAAUGUAUCGAGUGUUUUAUUAUUAUUAUAAAAAGGUGAAGGUUACGACCUGCAGCGAGAGCAAUGCAAGUGUAUAUUUUCAUAUUAUUUUGAAAGUCAUUAACGGCACUAACCUAUUACCUAUUACUUAUUAGUUUGGGUUAGAAGUUCACGAAUGCAUAGUAUGAUAUUAUUGCGUGUACAUAUAGGUUUUCGCGUAUUGCACCUCAGAUUUACAUAAAAAAAAAAAACCUAACAUACCUAUAGAAAUAAUAAGUAUCGUGAAGAGUGGGAUUACUAGUAAAAUAGAUUACAUAUUUAUUUACCUGUGGAAUAAUAAUUAAAAAAAAAUAAUAAUAAAAUAAAAAAUACACGCGUUUGCUUCCUUACUUUUCGUACCUGUCGGGGAGAUACGCGGGCUGAAGCUUACUUUCUCCUGCCGCCGCCGUUUGUACUUUCACUGAUAGGUACACACUCCCCGCGUGUCGUGCAAAAAAAACUUUUUUUAAAUUUAACAAUAAUAUUGUAAUUACGACGGUAACUUUACCACCUCGGGCUCUAUGGGUCCUUCAAAACCGCACCACCGCACGGACUACUCUUGUAAUAUCUAUACGACCAUAUCAACCGGUUACACUUUUAUAUAUUAUAAUAUAGGUACCUAAGCGGUCAUUAUUAAAAAUACAUAUUUUUUUUUUUUAUUAUUUAUUUAUUAUAUAUAUAUAUACGAAGAGAAUAAUAAUAAUAAUAAUAAUGUAUAGUUUAGGUGCAUAACGCAGUAAUAAUUAUUAGAUUGGGACGCGUAGAUUGCGGAAGUUCAUUCAACCGACUAACGCGUCGUUUUAUGUAUAUCUGUACGUAUACCGUUAUAAUGUUUGUUUGUGUUAUUAUUAUUGACGAAAAAUAAUACGCGAGAAGAUUAAUUAAUUUUCCAAAAUCAUAACGUACCUAUCUACUAUCACCGUUUUUAUCAAUUUGCACUUAUAUACAGGUACGUUUCGAACAAUACGAUCCGAAGUUUUAACGAUUUUAUAAAUGGUUGGAGAAUAUAUUAAACCGUGCAUAAAUUCAAAUUAAAAACGUUCAAAUAACUUGCAGUUAGAUUUUAAAUCAGACAAAUAAUAAUUAUUAAUUGUUUAAUAUUUCUCAGUCGAAAAUCGAAUAAGUUAGGUACCUUCAAAUUUAAUAAUCAGUUAUACCGUUGCCAUAUAUUAUUUAGGUACAUUACCGCAACGGUCUAAUUUAAUCAUUUAUUUUUCGAUUCCGAUAACUGCUGUUAAUAAUAAUAUUGAGUAACAAUAAGUAUUGUAAUGAAAAUAUAGCAGAAAGAAGGUGGAGCGGAAGACCGAAAAAGAAGUGGUUGGAUGCGAUUGAGAAUAAUAUGAGGAUAGCCGGUGUGUGUGAGCUGUUAGACCGGUCAAGUAGAAGUUUAGAACAAGGGUGGCCGACAUUAAAUAUUUGAGAUGAAAGCAAAGGAAAAAAAAGAACAUAUUAAACGUUAUAGAAAGAAGAAAAAACAUUUAAAAAAUUGGACGUACUUCCUACCACCGGUAAGCCAUUGUUGUAGAUAGAUAAUCCGGCAGAUAGUCUAGUUUAUAAAUCAUUGCGAAUGAAAAACGAUUAUGAAAGAAGUAGUAUAAUUAAUAGUGGUUUUUCGUUUGUUACUGGAUUGACCAAGAAAUUAACAAAAUCUCUGAAAUCAAAAAAUUGGAUAUUUUUUUUUUAACUGUCUGUUUGAUGAAAAUGUACUAAUUAUAUAAGUGCAAUACGUAAAUGAAUGGAAUACGAAAUAAUAAACAAUAUAUUACAAGCUUUUGUUUUUUCAAUAUUGUUUACGAACCAUUAAGUACGAAUAUUGACUAUGGGAGAUUUUACAAGAACAAAUAAUAAUAGGUAGGUAUUAUAAUAUGAAAUGAAAUUCGAGAAAACAAUUAUUGUAUCCAUUUUAGUUUCUUGCAAUAAUUAUGUUUUCAAUAAAUUGAUUUGAUUUUUUUUUUUUUAUUUUAUCUCAACAAUUAGGUAGAGUAGGUCAUGAUAAAUUAUUGAUUACAAAACAAUUAUUAUAAGCAUAUUACGCGCAUUGGCUUAUUUAACUAAUUUUUUAACAAAAAAAAAAAAAAAUUGCACAAAACUACAGUGGUUAUAAUUAUUUCACAGAGAACGUACUGGUACUAUCGUAUCAUAGACGUAUUCCUACGUCUGUGGGUUACAUGCACUACUAUGCAUGGUUAUUAUGACAGUCCAUUUACAAUAUUAUUAUAUGGUUAUACACCGCGGUGUAUACUUAUUGUGACAUUUACAAAAUAUAUAAUAAUGUUAUUAUAAUACAAGAUAAAAUUUGAAAAUGUUUUUAUUGCAUUUUUACCUGCAGUACGAUCCAGUAAUACUAGUAUUAUAUUACACUUAUACAUUCUCAUAAUAAUAUAAUAUACCGAUUGUGCACAUUUUGUAGGUUUUAUUUUCUAAAUUAUACCAUUACGUCAAUAUACGUAUAUAAUAUGUACGAGUCAAUGUUUGCAAUAUAAAUGCGUUUAUUAUCGAAGGUUUUAAAACAAAGAAGAAUAAUAUUGUAGAUUAUUCAUAUUUGACCCGUUUAAUAUUUUAUCUUUAUUUUGAAUAUUAACUGCAACUAUUUGUACAAACUCAAAAACGCAUUAUUCUUCUUAUUUUCGAUGUUAUACAUCUAGACAAAAUCCAUUAUAUUAUUUCGAUCACUGUUUAAGCGACCAUUUUUUUAUUUUUUAUUAACCUAUAAGGGUAACAUUUCCAUACAAAAAAAUCGACUAAUGUUUUAUAGUUUUAUAUUUAAUGCGUAAUCGUAGCGGAUACCGGUUGAAAAAAUCCUGGAAUGUGCCCAAUCGGACAUGGGACGAUUAUUUAAUAUACACUAUAUACACAAGCGAAAGAAUUAUUCGAUUAUUAAAACACGAAUAGAUGAAGCUAUAAUAUAUAAUGAAAUGUCUUAACUAUCAAUAUUAUUAUUUUUAUUAUUAGCUAUGCAUUUUUACAGCAUUUUUUUUCGUGCAUAAAAAAUAUAAUGCAAAUACCUACUAAAAUAUACACAAUAUAAUCAUGUAUCCAUAAAGUACAUUGAUAUUUUAUAGCGUAAUAAUAUUAUUGUCCCGCAGAGCGCGCGUACUUACAUAUUAUAUUGCUAUAAUAUUAUUUCCUUUAACUAUAUAUUAUAAUAAUAUAAUAUUUACGUUAAGGACUUUGUUGAAUAUAAUAGUGUAUAUAGCUGCGAAUUUAAGAAAAAAAAAAUAUAAAUAAAAAUCACCGCGCGCUGAAUGAAUUAUACAACUCAAUAUCGACGCGUGACAUAACAUAAUCGUAUGCUGUAGGCAAUAUUAUAUUUUACGAUUAUUAUUUUUUCCUAAACAAUCAACGAAUUAUCGGCACUUAUAGCUCAACGUAUUCGUAUAUACAAGUAAACUCUAUGCAUAGAGUUUCCGCCCAUAUCAGUAUGUAGUACUAACUACUAAGUUUUUUUUUUUUUUUUUUGUAGAAGUAGUAGUAGUACCUAGUAGUAUAGUAGUAGUAUACAAUUUAUAUUUAUUGCUUUGACCUCCUUCGUUUGUUUUCUCGAAGUAUAUUAUAAAUGUAUAGGUAUACGGCGCACAUUAUCCAUUAAUCAGUCAAAACGAAUUGGCGGAUUUCCUGUAGAGAAUAUAAUACAAGCGUGUACACCUGUCAUAUUUAUGUGAUAUCAUAUAUACGCGUGACUCAUCUACUUAUUAAGUAUAAUAUAUACAUCAAUACGAAAAAUGGUAAUGAAUUCUAGUUGCAAUUUUUCAUCUCCCGAACUUCCACUUUAUAAUAAUCUAUAUCUGUUUCCAUCACAAGAACUUUUACCGGAACAUCCAACGAACAUGUUGCUUGUCUAUAUUACUUCGAAUGAGACGUCUUGUUGCGUUUAAAAAUCGUUGUUCAAAAAAAUUAAAAACGACGUUUCGCUGAUUUCUUUCGUCGAUAUUACAGUGUAAUCUAAUUUUGUUGACGCGCGACUAACCGAUCGUGUAAUUUUUUCUUUCAAAAUCGUUUUUAAUUCGUUAUGAAGUUAUUUUUUGAGGUUGUUGAAUUUGCGUCACUGUUGCUUCCCUCUAAAUCCCAACGAAAAUGAAAUAAAAGAAUAUAAUUGGACAUUUAAAAAUGUAAUAUUCACGGGCAAAAAACAUGAUUGGUAAAAGUAGAGAAUUCCAUUUCGCACGUAGGUAGACGUCACAACGAAUUCAAAUUUAUUUUCGAAAUACUGAUUUCAUCAUCACUGUAGUUAGAACAAUCACUACUUUUUAUGUUUUAAUAUUAUUAUGUAGCAGAAUACCACUAAAUCGGUGUGGUGUUGGGCGUAUUAUUACGCCAAAUAACCGCUUUCAAUCCGCCUUAACUUAAAAACCGAACGUAUGAACGGACGAUCAAAAUAAUAAUAUUUACAAAAAUAUUACACCAAUUGAUCGAUUUAUCCUCGUAUAUUACGUAUAGUUGGCAAUAGUUUAGUAUUUUUUUUUUUCAAUACGAAGAAUUCUGUGUGAAGAAAUGAUAAUAUUGUAGUUAUAUCUAUAAUAUACCAUAAUAAAUGGAACGUUCUAGUUUGUGCGUUCUACUUUCCGCGUUCAAUAAAGAAUAAAUAUACGAAUGCGGGUAUUUUGGUUUCUGAGCGAUGCGAAGAAUGUUGUAUUAGUUUUACUGCGACAUGUGUCAUUUACCCCUAUCUGUGAACAAAAUUGUCGAUCAGAAAUUGCUCCAAUAUUCAAUUUAACAGGUUAUGUUUAAUAUAAAAUUGUGUCCAUUUGGCGCAUUAGGAGAGAAUUUUUCUUAAUAGUUUAAUAAUUGAAGAAAAACAUUAAAACAUUGGAAUAUUCACGAAACAACUAUGCGAUUUCUAUUCAUAAAUUGAUAUUUUGUCGGUUUUUUUGUAAUUUGGUGAAAAAUAAUCGUAGAGUCUAAAAAUGUUCACCAAAUAUUACUUACAUAAUAUAUAUUAUUAUCAUUUUCUAUAGACGAGAAUAUAAUUUUCGAAACAUUCCAAUUUUUUUUGAGUUAUUUAUAGCUUUUUUAAAUUGUUAAGUUUUUUUUUGUUUUAUGUGGAUAACAUCUUUUUGAGUUCGUAAAAUUAUAAAAUUAAUACUCAAACAUUUGAUACAAACAAUUUCUUGCAAGUUGUUCUUACGUUAUAGUGUAAUGGUAUGGUAGUCAGAAUUUUUUUUUAUAAGCGUUAUGAAGAUUUUGUCGAACAUUUUUCGAUUAAUGCAAAUAAAAAUAUUUACAAGCAAUAAUUUAGGCCCGGAUUGAACCGGCGGUGAAAUACCUAAAAAAUCACGAUGGGCGUCUCGAAUUAUAUUGGUUUUUGAUUAAAUAUUUAUGUGGAUCUACUUUGCAUAAUUUUUGGUCGGUAAAAAUCCUAAAACUCGGUGGACAAACUUGGUUUUCCUUAUCUAACGCACCGACAAAGUAUAAUAAUAAUUCGUGGUUGCAGUUGAAAAAGGGGAUAAGUUACCAAAUUGUGAUAAAUGAAAUGUUUACACUAAAACAAAAACAAAAAAUAUAUUAUGUUCAGUCAAUUUUUUCAAUAUUGAACGUAUAAUUACAUCGUGCUUUUAGGGUAAAUCAUGUUUUUUCCGUGCGUUUUAAGUUACAUCGCAGCGAUUUAAACUAUAUAAAUGCACGGUGCAAGAAAAGUUCAGUCAACUUAACCCAUAUUAUGUGUUUUUUUUUUCUGAAUCGAGUGUCUAAUCUAGUUUUGAACAUUAACCCAUAAAAAAUAUGUUAAACAAUACAGAAUACAUGGAAUCGUACAGUACUUAAAUUAUGGCAAAAUAUUCAAAACAUCUGACCUCGCGUUUUCAGUCAAAGUGUAUUUUUGCUCUGCUGAAAAGUCACGAAACAUUGACCGCACGACCUUUUGCACGCGCAUCCGUGAAUUACAUUCUCCCGGUGGUGUUUUCGCAAUAAAAAACUAUGAUAUAUAGCAUGUAGUUUUCAACCUGGGGGUCGCGAGUGAUAGUUAGAUAGUCGUCAAAAACCAUAAGUAUCAUUCAAUAUGUGUACUGUACAUUGUGUCAUUCAAGUUAUGUUAAAAGAGUCAAAAAAUAUUUACUUAUUUGUGAUUUAAACAUUUUUUUUUUUUGGUUGGCAAUAUUUUUUUUUCGAUUGGAAUAGGGGAUUUUUUCAUUGAAUACCGUUUUGUUUGUUUGUACGUCCUUAAUAUGAAUACGCAUUGUCGAUGAGCUUUUAUUGUCGUUUAGACCCUAUAACUGAGAAGACAAAAUAAAAAAAGUAUCGUUUACACCCCAAAACUAAAAAUUCCAAUUGUUCGUUGAAUAAAAUGGUCACAGCUGUUUUUGCGCCCGCGCAACGCACGAAACGCGUGUUUCUCCAUCCGCCGGGGAAGCCGUGUCGCUCAGACCCAUAGUGUCGCUUGGCGGAACCCUUUUGCCGUGCCAUCGUCGAUUUCGUCUAUCGCGUGGUCAAAUAUUAAAAAUUCACCGCUAUCGGUUCGACGUGAAAACAAUCGAAGUGUUGAUAUCAUCGUACAGGCGCCCGAUGUGCAUGUGCGUCGGAUCAGAAAUAAAUAUUAUUAUAUGACGUAACGUUAAACGGCACAUUAGCCUAUAAUAAUAUUAUGGCUGACAGCGCGCCGGCCGCACCGCCGGCCGUGGCGAUGACGGCGGGUUGAUCGACCGCGGUAUAAACAGGUGUCGAAAUUAAUUAGUCGGUCCGAAUUGACCGCGUGCCGGGCGUCGAAUUCGUAUACGCGAGCGUGUGCACUCGAAAAUAUCGUACGCGGGUAUUAUUACGGCGCGCGUACGUAUAGGAAGGAGCCCGGGCACCUCCCGUGCAGAUGGAAAACGUGAUCCGGUCGUAGGUGAAAGUGUACGCAUAUACUAUCGCGGUACCUCCGUGUUAUUAUUACGAGUGUGCGCCGCUCCGCUGUACGUGUGCAUGACUGCGAUUAUAUUAUAUGUGCACGGUGUUGGUACCUACCCAUUUCGAAGCGCCCACGACGUCACGAACCGGGAGAUCCGAGACACCGUUUUGGCGGGAUCACGAUCCGGGCACCGCAAAAUCGCGUGUGCGAAAAGUAAAAAAAAAAAUCACGUUAAUGACGGCGCGGCGGAAAAAAAAAUAAUACGCAUCAAAGUAAAUCACUGCGCAAAAUAGACGUACACACACGGGGGGGGGGCGGGUUAGACAUCGCGCGAUCGGGUAGAGAAAACGAAAGUGAACUGUAUUAGAACAAUUUUUUAUUUUUAUACACCUGUAUAGGAUGCGAUUAGAACGUAAUAUUAUUAUCAUUAUUAUUAUUAUUAUUAUUAUUAUUUGCGAGUUCGUAUAUACCUACGUCACGUAGUCAUUAAUAUAAAAAAAUAUUAUUAAUGCAGCUUUUGUGCAUUAUGACAUCACGUUAUAGGUAAACCUAUACAUAAUAAUGAUAUAGGUACCGUGCAGUCUAACUGAUUACAGAUUUUACAUAGCAAUUACUAUCGUUAUUAUCGUUAUUAUAUUACUAUCGUCAUUAUCGCCAUUAUACCGUUUUCAUUAUUGUUAUAUUUUUUUUCCAGAUAAAAAAAUUAAACGAAGGUUCCCAACAGUCGUGUUUACAAAAGAAAAACGGACCGGUCUGCGCUAAGGUAAGUCAAAUUUUUUUUCACUUUCGAUACCAUAUAAUACGUUAGGUACUUUUUUUUAUAAUUACAUAAUUUUUGAAAGUUAAUUACUGUAGUCAUGUGAACCAGCCCUCGAUAUAUUAGUGCUGAAACGGCGAAUGAAUUCAACUCGAAUCGAUAUUUUCAAAAUGAAUAGUUUGAAUAAAAAAAAAAAAACGCUACGACACAUAAAUUCAUAAUUGUUAAUAAAAUAAUAAAGUAAAAACAAAAUUAUUAAAAUGGUUAAUACUCAUAAAUAAAUAAAGUAAAUAAAUAUAUAAAUAAAAAAAAUAUGUAUAAAAAUAAAAGAAUCAAUGCGUCGCCUGGAGUAUUAUUAUAAGUGUAUUAUACGACCGGUUUCGAGUUAAAAAUUCUUCAUCAGGUAUAUCACAUUAAAAAUGUGAGUCGCGUUUUAAAUUUGGAUUGUGUGAUAUACCUGAUGAUGAAUUUUUAACUCGAAACCGAUCGUAUAAUACACUUAUCAUAAUAUUUUAAGCGACGCAUUGAUUCAUUUAUUUAUUUUAUUUUUAUGUAUACAUUUUUAUUUAUAUAUUUAUUUACUUUAUUCACAAUAGUUAACUGUGGUUAAAAAGUAUAAGUGGCUUUUAUUUUUUUAAUAACAUCAAUUUUAAUUUUAACACAUUUUAUAGGAUUUUACAUUUUUGAUUUAACGAAUGAUUAAAUCACGGAGUUUUAAUAAAAUAUUUAAUUUUUAACGAAUAUAAUCGUCAUUAAAAGAAAAAAAAAUAUUUUUUGAGUGAUAAUUUCAUCACUGAUAAAUAUAUCCACUAGAAAUAAAAUCAAUAAAGGUCUGUCUAAUUAAUGAAAUCCGUAUUUUUUUAUAAUGUUUGCUCUUGAGUGUCCUGUCUGGCCGUCUCACAACCAAUCCUCCAGCUCUAUUAUAGUAGAUCUAUUCAUCUCUAUCCAUCACCGAAAUCUUCGGCGUUUAUCUGUCAAAGUUUCAACAUUCUUUUUUAUACUACGUCUUUCCUCCUCCUCGUUGGCCUUCCUAAAACUCGUAUUUUCUCUAUUGGGUUCUCUUCCUCCAUCACUACUAGUAUAUUAAUAUAAUAUAGCGAGUUUUCGACUUCUAAACGACACGUGUUGGCAGUCUACUAUUUAAAUCCCCCCUUCCCUGAUAAUUAUCUCCGAAAUGCUGUAAACGGUUGUCUGUAUAACUCUCUGUGAACUCCACUCUCCGCGGUUAUAACGUGUUAUCUGAUUAAAAGCCGACCACGAUAUGUUGAAAAAUGUUGGUGUACUAGUCGGACGUAUGUUAUUCAAAGGUUGUUCAUUGUGAUUUUAUGCGUGGAAAAGUCAACCUAACCUAACCCAAUCGAAAAUAACGUAAGCCAUCGCGGGCAGCUGUGCUCAAAACCUUUGUAAUAUAAACAUAAAAAAAAAAAAAAAAAAUUCUGAAAAGCACCAUCGGUACCCCUAUGCGUUUAAAUGUCAUAUUAUUAUAAUACUACUUACACGCACGUUUACCCAUCGAUUUUCACGAACGUUUAUGGUUAUGCCGCGGUGGAUAAUAUAUUAUUAUUAUGUGCACGUGCAUAUGCAUCGUAUAAAUGUUAAAUACGCGUAACGGAUGUUUUACUAUUAUUAUUAUAAAUACGAGUAAGUACCUGCCUGUAUCUUUCGAAAAUAUUAUGCUUUCUCCGCGUACAGUCGUACAGUGCGGUGCCGCCAACACGAAAUGAUCGUAAUAAUAAUGGCGCAAAAAUAAUAAUAUGUGGAAAAUUAUUAAUACGUGGCCUUUAAUUUGAACACGACUCUAUAUACGGUCACACACUCGUCCGAUGCGGAGGAGAGAUGAAUAUUCGUGAUGCUCGACCGAAACGAUAUUCGUAAUCAUAUCAUUAUAUUAUAUAUAUAUAUAUUUUUUUUUUAUGAUAUUGUUUUUUAACCGUGGAUAGGUGUAUAUUAUACUCGUACCGUAAUGACACGUUUGUUGUACUGUACUUUUCGAUAUAUAUAGUUGGAUACCCGCAAUAUACAGUCGAUACGUAUACAUAAAAUAGUGCCCAAACCUUUCUAAUAGAACAUUGUACUUGUCUAUUUUUUCUGUUUCACUUCCUUAUACGUCAAAUGAUUAUAAUAAUGCGAUUUUUUAUUUCAUCAUAUCCGAUGGUAUUUUCCACAGUUAUACUACAUCAGAUUUUACAAUUAAUUUGCAAAUAUGCAAAACUGCUUCGUUCCUGCAGUAAAUAACUUUUUUCCCAUACAUAAUAAAUUUUGCAAUUUAUUAUUUAACUUUUUUAUUCUGAUUUUCGGAAAUCGCUUUAUCUAUGAAUCAUAUUUUUUCAAAAAACUGUUGGUUAAUUCAAAUUGAACAAUUAUUAAAAUGGUAUUUGAAAUUUUUCAAAUAUUUGGAGUCACUAUAUAAUUUUAAUCAGAUCUCAGCUUGUCACGAAUUAUUUCCUAAACCAUGGUGUGUCGUCAUUUCAAUUUGUCACCAGUAGUGGUUGGAUUUGUAUGAUUUUACAUAUUUAUUUUGAGUGUAUGCAGUUAAAUAAGAGUAAGAUAUCUUCACAAUUCGUGAAACAUAGAAUUCAAUGAAAAAAAUGUAUUUUGCUUAAAGCAUAUUUUAGAACUUAGAAAAUAUUCAAUACAUUAGAAAAUAUUUGAGAUUUUGAGAAUAUUUAAUAAAUAUUUUUAUUUUUGAUCCUAUUAUUUGUAUGAACGUAUAUCGAUAUUUUGAUAUAUUGAUUAAGAAAUAAACAAUUUAUUUUACUAGCGUGUUCUGGGUUUCUAAUAAAAAUUAAUCACUAGAUAUUUCUUAUCGAUGGCGAUAGCACGUCAGAAAUAAUAAAAUAACGUUAGCUGUCACGAACUGUUAUGAUUGUAAAAUAAAUUUAAAAUGUUAUAAACCAAAUUAAUAAUACAAUUUAAUUUAAACUAAAAACUCGAGUUAAAUUAAUUUUUUUUUCAAAAUAUUAAAAGAAUAUUUUGUUCUUUUAAGGACAUAAAACAUCAUAUAUCUGGUAUUUUAAACGAAUAUUUAGAGAAUAUAUAGCUCAUUUUAAACAACAUAAAAACAUUAUAUUUUAAGAAUUUUAAGAGAAUAUAAAUCCGCCAUCUAGUUCAUCAGUGUUAAAUAUUAGGAAUUUUGAAUAAAAACCUCCUACAUGUAUACAUUUUCUGAUUUUUUUUAUAUUAUACCGUAGGUAGUUGUGUAUUAUUCUUCAAAAACGUUUGGUUAACUUAAAUUCGAAAUAAAAAUGCUACUGGAAACCUCGCUUGAUAUUUUCUUUUUGGAUAUUGGAUAUUUUGAUCAAGUCUUCUGGUCGACAUCGGACAGAAAGCAAAUCGUAUACGUCAUGCUAUUCUGUUAGAAUUUUUUUUGGAGAAAAUUAAUUGCGAUAUUAAUUCGUGACGACGGAUAAUUAUUAGAUUUAAUUUGCAUUGCAUAAAUUAUUUACACGCGUUAAAUAACAAGUCGGUAUAAUUAACCAGGAAUUAUAUGAUGUGAAAAAUCAUAUCGCAGUAUAGUAACAACUACUACAGAGUUAUACAAUAAUUAUAAUUUAACAAUAUCUAUCAUGUAUUUUAAUUAAUUUCGUUUAAGAUACAACAAAAUCGUUGCCAUUUAGAAAUUUAAUACGUGUUUAUAGAUCGUUUUUGUUUCCGACACGCAUACAACCGGUAUCCAUCUGGCCAUUAAGGAAGUUACGUAGACACACCAAUUAAAAAUAACACAGCGAGAUUGGUGGAAUUCCGGAAGUGAUUCCCGUAUGAUUAUUAUUUAUUUUUCGAUUUUAGGAAAACGUGUUUUAUUUUAAUAAAUAAUAUAUAAUACCUAUGUCGAUAAAAGUGACGCUCGGGUUAUUAAUUAUUACGUACUCUGUUAAUUUUAUAAUAUUUAUUAAAUUCAUAAUACCACGACAAAGAUGGACGAUAUGCCAUCUUAUAACAAUAUGAUUAAUUUAUUUUCCCGAAUAAAGAAUAUAUACAUAUAUACUCGUAUAUUUUGUUUUUCCAAAGUUAAAUAGAUUUUUUAAAUGAAAAACUAUAAUACUGGGAUACAUAUUUUACCUUGCAGUAUACAAUUUAUCAAGAUAAAACUUAAAUAAUAAAUAUACCUACUUCAGUAAUGAUGAUAAUAUACUAUAAUGUUUUCAGUUAGGCGAAAAAAAUAUUGCAGAUGGUUUUUAAUACUUUCAAAUAAAUAUUGCAAUUAAUAAUAUAAGAAUAAACGCAGUUAUUCAUUUGAUUGCAUAUAUUAUUAUAUUUUAAGGCCGCGGUUCUUACUAAAUAAAAAUUAUAAAUGUGAAGUUGUUAUCUAUAUUAUUUUUUACUCACUAACGGCAGUUAUAAUAUUAUCAUACUUAUUUCUAUUAAAAAAAAUCAUAAUAUUCGAAUUAAACCUAAUUAAUUCCUUUGAAUUGCGUUGUACCUGUAAUUUGCAUUACACUUUGAAUUAUAAUAUAAUUACGUAUACUUGAUAACAGUUAUUUAAAAUUAAAAUAAAACCAUAUAUACGAAUACUUUCCAAUACCAUCAUCACUAGUGUCUUGAAUUUUAGACACUUGUAACUUUUUAGUUUUGUAUAUAGAUUAUAAUAAUAUAGAUGCACUUAGAAAAUCUUAAUUGUUUUACUUCAUAAUACUUAGAUACUGCAAUACUUAAGAUAUUUAGUAGAUGUAAUGAUUAUAAUAGUAUUAUGAUUAAAUUAAUGAAUUCAUGAUUAUAGGAUAUAAUAUUUUGGUGUUGCAAAUUAGAAAGAAAUAAGUGUAAAAGCGAUUUGACAUUGAUACGGGUAAUAUAUUAUAAAAUAGGUGAAAUCUCGUUUAAUAACAGUUUUCAUAUCAUAACCGUCACUACUAGUUUUAUCCGGUUUUUUGGUUUCGUAAUAUCACAGUAAAUUAUCGAUUGAUAAAUUUGACUAUAUUUUAACUGGUCUUUCGUUAUAGUAUAUUAUAAAAUAAAUGCCAAUCAAAGUUAUAAUUAUCAAUAAAACAAGAGCCAUGCUGAUGAGUGUACCACAGUUGUAGGUGUGAAGUUGUGUAGGUAGGGCAACAUUUUAAAGAGAGGAUUUUUUUAAUUUAAAAUUAUGUCAGCUAUAAACUUUCAUUGUAUAGGUGCGAAGUAUGUGUUUUUUUUUAUUUAUUACUUGGCACUUCAUUAUUAAUAUUUGGCAAAGUUCAUCGACGUCAAUAUAUAUACAUAUAAACAUUAAAUUGAACAAAAAAUAAUAAUUUUAAUUUAAGAAAAUUACAGUAUACUAUAUUAUAUAUCACUAUGUAUAUAUUUUUUUUUUAUUAUUAUUAAAAAUUAGAAUGACGCCUCUGUGGAAACUGGCUCACCGAAACCCACUGACCGAAUCAUCUGCACUAACGCUAAGGUAAUUUACAAUAUUUCGUUUAACCUCUAAUUAUUAUUAGAAACCAGAUAUCGUAAACACCUACUCCUAUAGGCACUCACUUUGCUUUAGAUUUACAUAAAAAAAUGACUAAAUAUUAUUAUGGUAUUAUAGUAUAUGUAUAUAUUCUAUAAUAGUAUAUAUUCUAUAAUAUCAUUUUGAAUGACGCAUAUUAUGCUAAUGAUCGAAAAUCGAAAAUCUUAUUUAAAAAAAAAAAAACGUGUUUGAUUUAUAGGUUCAAAAAUUACUAACAAAUUCGUCAAAAUCAUCAAACGUACAAGAUGUUUUGGACGUGCGGAAAAACUCGGUCGAAGUCAGUAACCGCGUAGGAUGCGAUGCCACAGAUUCAACGGUUUCAGACAAGGAAAAUAAAUUACCGCAGGUAAACAAAUUUCUAUAAUACUCACGUGUGAACAAAUUAUGUUAACGUUGUUUAUUUAUAAUAUUAUUUUAUGUCUGUACUAUUAUUAUAUAAUACAUAUAAUACAAUUAGUAAGUAAUAGAGUAAAUUAAAUAAUACACAUAUCAUAUAACACAUCUUAUAUACUGUUAGUACUCUCUCCAUAAAAAAAAAAAAGUUAACCUCACUUCGUUUAUAUAUAUUUUUUAAAUUCGAUUUCCGUUUAUAAUAACAGAUUGUAGACUUGGAAACUAUGUAUUCGUUACUAUCGGAAAAACAUUCCGAAUUAUUGCGUGCGUACAAUUGCGUGCAAGUACAACAAAUUAAAGAUUCGUCAUUGCGUAAAGACAAACGAGAGAUCCAACGAUUGUCGAAAAUCAAUUCCGACCUUUUGACCGAAGUAAAUAAAUUGGAAACGCAACUUAAAGAGACCACGGAACACAACGAAUUACUCGAGUUCCGGCUUUUGGAAUUGGAAGAUAUCGAAACAACGACCAAAGUAAAUAUUAUAACAUAUUUUUAUUCUGUAUAUCAUACCUGCAAUGAUCGUUAAUAACAAACAAUAAUUUCUAUUCAAUAUACACGUACAUAUUAUAAUAUCUUAUAAGACAAAUUUCGAAAGAAAAAAAAAUGCAUAUACUUUUGAAAUAAUACAUUACUUGAAAUUUUCGUUUUUAUCACGCUCUGGAUAAUAUGUCUUUUUGAAACGCUAUCGUAUUAUAAAAAUAAUUAUUAUAAUGUGUGAUAAUAUGAUUGCCACACGUUUUCGUAUAUUUUCUGGUUCUUAUUUAACCGCCAUUGUUAUUGUUUUUUUUUUUUUUUUUGCUCUGCGCCUGCAGUUGAAGAGUCAAAACCGUGAAACCACCGAAGACAUGAGUGACUCCGGCGUUAUGUCACUGGCUACCAGCGAUGAUUUCUGCAGCGACGGCGAUCAACACGAAAACGAACUGGUAAGAUAUUUUAACGCGAAUUGCUGCAGUAUGUAUUAAGAGCCGUGCAACAAUGACGUAUACUCAUAUGCCUGUAAUAUGAAUGUCACAUAAUAAUUAGUCUUUGAAAGCAGCAAGGUCGUCGCACAUAACAUAUAUUAUAAUAAUACCAGAGCAAUUUAUUUGAAAUGGGUGGUUUUCUUUUGUCUAUAUUAUAUGUUAUUAUAAUCGUAAAAUUAAUAUUUUUCAGUUAAAUUUUUUUUUUCUCUUCCGUCCUUGUACCCGACGAUACGAUCUUAAUUUAAUCUUUGUAUUGUUAUACUAUAAUACGAGACACGAGAACAAGGAAUAUUGUUAUAUACGUUAUAAUGUUUAAAAGGCAACCCGGAUUCUAUAACGGAGUACCUAUGUAUAAGGUACACGACUAUUCGAAUAAUAAUAUUUCCUGGAGCGAUAAACCGAUGGUAUAGGUACCCGUCUAUAAUAACGUAAACGUAUCGGUAAAAUUACUGAUACUUUUUUGGUGUAGACGAUUAGAGGUGAAUAUCCGCUCACAUCGAUUUUCAACGAAGUCGUCGUUUAGCGAUUUAUUGGCGGAAAAAAAAACGUACGGCUCGACGGAAUUAUUGCGGACGAAACGAAAUUACAAAUGUAAAAAAAUAAAUGCAACACACACACACACGUCAUACGUACGAUUAGGAAUUUAAAAUAAUAUUAUAAAAAAUGUAUGUAUUCACGAACUGCCGCCCGAUAAACCAAUACUUAUGGUAUCGCCGAACAUUCGACAAAAUUUCACGGGGUGAAAUUUGUAUUCAACGCGAGCCGCGCGCUUUGUUUUUUUUUAAUAUUCCGAUGGAUAUUCGAAAAUCACUCUCACGCUCGAUCGUUAGGUAUUCCCCGCGUCGUUUAUUCGGCUACCGAUUUAUAAUAAUAUAUUAUAAUAUUAUUAAUAUUCCGGCGGUUAUAUCGGUUUUAUGUCAUCGAAACCCGGGUCUACGUACGCGGGCGUGCCGUAAACCCGCAAACGAACCCUCUCGCGUGCAUAUUUACCGCUCCUAGAUACGUAAUAUUUAUAUACCGAAAAAUAUCACAAUAUAAUUAUUAUAAACACAACAUAGUAAAAUACUACUAAAAAGACCGGGCCCCGUCGAACGGCGGCAACGCCUAAAGCCCGUAACAAUAAUAUGAAUAUUGUAUGUGUGUGACAACCUUGCGCGCCACAGUGAUAGACGCGUUCAUGCUGCAGGUCUCUGUUAUACCUAUUAUAGAAGAAUCGUGAUCCGAUUUAAAAUUUAUACCGGGCGUAUUAUACAUCUAUACCUACUAUUAUACCUAGGUCAUAGUCGUAUAUUUCAAAAAUUAAAUAUGUCGAUUUAAUGGUUACAUAUAUUGUGAUAUUAUCGACUAUAUACCCGAUUGAGUUAUGUGUCCGCGUGUAUACACAUUUUUUUUUUUUUUUUUAAUGGUUUUUCAAUUCGGUGUAAUAGAUCGCCGAUGUAUAGCAAUAAAAGCAAUAAAAAUAUUACGUUUCGCAGCAUCCGCAUGUAAUACGAUACCGCGGACUGCGAGGUUAUUGUAUUGCAGGUGUUUUGUUUUGUUUUUUUUUCCUUUUCGAUUAUUAUAUUGUAUCUCGGGGGAUGCGAUCGCGAUCGGGAUGCACGUCGCAAGCGCAUAGGCUGACAUAGCAUAGCUGACAUUCCGACCAUCGUUCCGUUCUCUACGAUAUUGUACUAUAACCGGCACCGUGAAAUGUUAAGGUUGCAAUAUUAUCGUUUUUAUUACACCGUAAUAUAUAUUUUUUAAAUUUUAAUUUAUCGUUCCAAUAAUACUAUUACAACACGUGUGUGAACCGAAAUUCCGCUGCACCGUUCGUAAAUAAGAUAUAUUAAAUAUGUAUCGCCGUCGUCCGCAUCUUUAUUAUGUAACGCGUGUCUUAUAAUACAUUUGAAUAAUUGUGUUUUAGGACGUAAGGCGGUGCGAUAACAUCAAACAACGACUGAUGGAAAUGUACAACAGUGUGUGUUAUUGUGUCGAAGAUCGAUCGACAAUUAAUCAAGUGCUGGCCCUUAUAAGGCAUUUCGAGUGCCGUGUAACGGACAUAAAUCAAAACGAACGCCACAAACACGCUUACACGGACUGCCUCCAAGAGAGCGGUAUUUUCGAAGAAGAUAUCUAUUCGGAAUCAAUAUCGGAAGCCACACAAACGGAAAGUCCUAUCGAAAAAACCAUAGACAUUCUGUCUACCGAUUUAACAGAAGAACUCAGGAAAUUAUCGAGAAUUCGCGAAAAAAUCGAAGAACGAAAAGUGCCAUUAGUCGACGACCGAGUAGCUAAAGAACUAUCGUUUUAUAAAGAACACUGGCGAACAUUAGAACGGAAAAUCGAAGCGUAUGAAUGCGAUGGAGACGAUCGGGUGAAACUUUUGACGGCUUCCAUCGAUAGAGAAUCAAGACUGUCCAGCGAAAUAAAAAAUCUAUAUACCACUAUAGACAAACUAAAAGAACAGAAUCGGAUAAUCGAAGAAGAAAAAUGCGAAUUUGAAGAGGCAGAAAACGAUACACGACUUAGAUGCCAAAAGUAUGUUACAAUAGUGUUAAAGUGGUUAAAAUAUGUUUUUAGUUUUUAACAGUUUAAUUUUUAAUUUUUUCUUUUACAUUUAGGUUGGAAAACAAAUACGUAACGUUAGCCGAGAAAAAAAGUACUCUACAGGCUGAAUUAGCGACAAAGGCUCGAGAAAUCGAUGCACUCCGUCAAGAAUUGUCUGAAGUAGAAACGAAAAAAUGCGAAGCCCGUAAACACGCCGCGUCGAUGGAAGCGUUGGUUAACAAAUACGAGCAGAGAAAUUUCGAACUCGAAGAAUCUGAAAUGGAAACCAAAUGUAAACUGCAGAUAUUGGAAAACGCGUGGCCAGCUAUAGUACUGUGGAAUAUAUGGCGCGUCGUGUGUAAACAUUAUCGAAAAUCCAAACCGACGAAAGCUAUUGAAUACAAUAAACAGCCUACCGAGGUGGACGUGGAUUAUUUGGAAAAACUACGGAUCAUGACCAAAGAACGUAUGGAAAUGGAAAAACGGAUACAAGACCUGGAGUUCAAGGAAAACGUUUAUCAGCAGACUUUACAGCAAGCCGAUAACAUUUUAGCCAAUGUCGAGGAAGGGUAUAAGCGUCAGAUCGACGAACUGAAGGCAGAAUUGGCAGAAAAACAAAAACUGUUGACAGAUCGCGAGAGCCGUAUGCGAUUGUCGGCCGAUUCUAGAGACAGGGAACCGGAACUUUUGGAUCGAAUACACGGUCUCGAAACUGAGGUGCGGGAUCUUAUGCACAAGCUCAAAGCUAAAGACGUGGAAAAACAAUCGUGGAUCCGCCGAGAGACCCAGCUCAGAAACGAUAUGGAUCAAUUCGUCAACGAAGUAUGUCAAAUAAAAUCGGACAACGCAAUGCUGAAAAACCAACUGGAUUGCGAACGAAUGAAAUUCAAGGAUUUACAGAAAGACAUUAAUUUCAAACAGUCUGUGUACGCCGAACUCGAAGAGAAAUCAAUCAUCGAAGUAAAUUAAUCCUAAUCAUUACAUUGACUAUUAUCUGUAUACUUUGGUAAACAAUAAUUAAAAAAUAUUUUAAUAUGUCAUUCACAGGCAAAAAAUUACCAGUCUACCAUAUUGAAAUUGUCCAAACAAAUCGACGAGUACGAUGUCACAAAUGGAGAACUCAAAGAAGAAGUGGAAACUCUCGAAGUAAACAAUAAUUUCAUGUUUUCAUAUUAUAAUAGGAUAUUUCAUAUAAUGUAAAUAUUCGUUUUAAAUAAUUUGCAGUAAAGGCAAAUAGUAUUGUUUCAAAGGGAUUACAAAUAUUUAAUAUUAUAGAAUGGAGUUUAUGGUUCACCAUGUCUAAAACUUCAUAACCUCCGAAUGCGUUUAUAAAACUUAUUUGAAAUUCAAACUUAUCUCGUUCUACAGAAAAAGCAACUGUGUAAUAUGCAUAAUAUGCAACUAUUUAUGCAUAAUAUAUUAAAAUGUAAACAAAAAAAAAGCAAUACACUUAAUGCUUAAAUAUUGUAUAAUGGUGUUGUGCGAUUAGGUAUUAAACAAGUUUAUCGAAAUCUAGUUUUGGUGUAAGAUUUUCUGUGCCUGGUUCUUACAACGUCCCAUAAAAUGUUCGUUGGCGCUAACCGUGGGUUAACCGACAGAAGUUUAUCUGUUCGCGGCAAAUUUAAACGCCACCGGUUAGCAUUACAUUGUAAGAACAGGCCUAAGUGUAUUAUUAGUACGAUACGUCGUUAAAUUUUUAACAGAUAAAUCACGUUCAAAAAAAAAAAAAAAAAUGCUUUUCAAAUAAUAUAAUGUUGUUUUGUACACAGGCGCACGUCAAACUUUUACGAAACGCACUGACCGAAGAAAAAGAAAUCAAGGAAAACAUAACUGUCGAACUAAACCAAGAACUCGCUCGGAAACAAGAAAUAAUCGAUAACAUGGAGAGGCACAUGUCGUAUAACGGAUCGAAAAAUGCCGCUGAGGAAUUUCAAUGCGAAAAUGUAACGGUGCGUAUCGGAUAUUGUUUCUCGAAUUUAUUAUUUUUCAAAUAUUAGAAAAAAAAAAAAAAAAACACGAACACAAAAAAUAUAUGUAUUUACUGUAUAUGCGCAAAAGAAAGUCAGCAGUAUUAUAAAGGUUGUAUGUACAAUGUACAUAUGACCGUUUUCGAUUUAAAAAAAAAAAAUCAUUAUUAGGCGAUCGAAUAAAAAAGGCGAAAAAUACUCCAGGUCUUGUUUUGUUUUAUUUUUCUAAAUAUAUAAUAUACAUAUGUUAUAUUUAUUGUCAACUUUAUUUCUUGAUUUUAUUUUUUUUAUAGUUAAUAUUUAAUAAAAUAAUAAAGUAAAAACAAAAUUAUUAAAUGGUUAAUACUUGUAAAUAAAUUUUUAAAUAAAUAAAUGAAUGCGUCGUCGCCUGGAGUAUUAUGAAAUUUGUAUUGUACGACCGGUUUCGAAUUAAAAAUUCAUUGUCAGAUAAAAUCACAAAGUCAAAAAGUAAAACGCGACUUUUUGACUUUGUGAUUUUAUCUGACAAUGAAUUUUUAAUUCGAAACCGGUCGUACAAUACAAAUUUCUUAAUACUUCAGGCGACGACGACGCAUUCAUUUAUUUUUUUAUUUAUAUAGUCAAUGUUGGAUUGAGUAUUAAUUUAAAACGACUUUUUAAUAUUGUCUAUCGUUCUAAAUAUAUUAUCAUUAUCGCAGACUUAUAAUGUUGGAAAAUUGAACUUGGAGCAAUUCGAUGACCACGACCAACACGAUAUCACGACGAUUCAACUGCCGAACCUCGAACAACUAAAGGUAAAUAUAUGUAUUAAACACACGGUUGACUGUUUACAAGUUACAACUACCGUCAUUUUAGCGCGAUACAUUUUUAUACAAAAAUAGAACGAUCAUUUUUAACUGUGUCGUGUUUCAGACGUGCGACGCCUGUUUUAAAAAGUUUGAACCGCUUUUGCACAAAGUGAUGGAAAACGUUAACAAUUUGAUCACUACGUUGGAUCCGAACGGCGAUCAUCGCAAUAACGUUUCGGGGGUUUUGACUAAUACGCCAAAUGGUAAUAACAAUAAUAACUGUUUCUAAUAAAUUAUACCAACCUAACUAAUUUUUUUUUUUUUUUUAUGUUUCUAUUUAUUUCAUCAGAUUCCACAAAACCCGUGAAACCCGUAAGUACAUAAUAUUAUAUUUUGGAUACAUAGAUGUAUUCAUGUAUUAUAGUGUAUUAUUAUACAUAUAUCAAAUGUACGUGGACUAAUGGAUUUUGGUUUAGACGGUGCAAUACAAAUGUCCCCCGAAGAUCAAACAAACGGUUUGUCACCUGUCCAAACAGUCGGCCAUGCUGGAGGCGAAAAACAUCGAAAAAAACAAGAUAAUUAUGGCGCUGGCCGACGAACUGCUGCAUUUGUCCGAGCAUGACAAGUGGAGUAGACGACUAGAGUUCAUGAGAGGUCUCAAUUCCGUACGGUCCACUCGAUACGCUCCGGACUUUAAUUGCACUACCGUGGAGAAAUAUUUGAACGGCGGCGGUGUCGAGUGCACUCCAGACGAAAAGGUGAAACAUUGCAGCGUACCUAUAACAAUAUUGUUUUUAUCCGCGAUAUUGCGUAUGGACGGCCGUAAUAUUCGUAUAAUGUAAAAGAGGGAAGGGGGAACCGUACCUGCAGGAAUAUUAAACAACUGAAAAGUCAAAAAUAAUGAUAAUAUUUUUAUUACGGAAAAUAAAUUCCAAUUUGAACGUAAUAUAUUAAUACAGUACAUCACAAAAAUGGUAUAGGCAUAUACUGGCUAUUAUAUAGGUAACUGGGAAAAUACGCGGGAAAUGAAAAUAUUGGAACUGAAAUUCUAAAAUGGUCUUAAAAACGAUAAGAACUUGAAAUCAGGGAAUAAAAAAAAAUACUAAAAAUAAACCGAAUAUACCACGCCCUGGAUUUCUGAGAAUUCAUGGUUACGGAAAAUUUCUUAGUAGCGUUUAGUUUUUCAAACGUUAGAUGAUCGCGAUAAUUUUUCGUAAGCGUCAAACAAAUUUCACAGGUCCACAAACUAAUAACAAUGUACCUAUGUGUAUUCGGUGUCAAUAACAGUAUUUAUCAAUAGUAAAAUGUGUAAUAUAUGGGAUAGUGUUUUUUUUUUUUCCGAUCCGCAUAACCGGAGACUUUGUAUAUUAUAUAAUAAUAUUUCUCACGUCCAGCACGUCCAUGUAAUAUUAUGGUUGUUGUCGAAAACGUUACGCUCAUCUCGAAAAUUGAACCGUCAGACGAGUUUACGUCUUUUUUUUUUUUUGUUUUCUUUCCUAUAUACUUAUACGCGUAUUUUAUUUACACAACCGGUCUCUCGUCGUCCGUCCGUUUAUAUUCCGCAGCCCCGUCGAUGAUCGUCGCCGCUAAAAUAAUAUAUAACUCGUUCAACGCCCGUUAUCCGUACCUGCAUAAAUACGAACGCGAUGAUCUCCGCGAGAGCAAAGCGUGUCAUCGUCUGUCGACACUGGGAAAAUAAGAAUAAAAAAAAAAAAUACGAAAUCGAUUUCAUAUAUAUAUACACGUAUACAUUAUUAUCGUCGUUUUAGAGCGACGACCGGAAAUACUUGUGCCUGAUCGGACCGGAGAACCCCAUUGGUCUGCACGUCGUAAGGCAAAUCGGACCGGACGGCAUAAUUCUAGCGUGGAAAUCGCCGGAACCCAACACCAUCGGCUCGUUCGAGGUACGCAUAAACGAUUUAACACUCGAUUUUAAUCUCGACGACAAUCGAUCGGUGGUCGGUUUUUUCCCUCCCUCUAAAAUAUCCGACGGUCGGUAGAUUUUGUUCUUUUUUCUUUUAAAAAUUCGCCCGUUAUAUCGUUGUAUCUGUUAUCUGCUGUGUCGGUUAUUUACCGUUUGCAGUGCCCAGCGUGCAAUAAUAAUAAUAAUAAUAAUAAAACAGUAAGUAUAUAUCCGAUCAAUAGAAAACAUGAUUGUACACAGUAAUAUCAUAAUAAAUAUACACAGCAAAUAAAAAAAAAAAAAACUAUAUAGCCCAGUUAAAACCUCGAAUAAAUCAAUAAAUCUAGCAAAAGUAUAAUAUCCAGCGAUUUUAUUUAAGAUGUGUGGUUCACUUGAAAAAAAAGAAUAAAACUAAUGCUGAGAAUAAGCCAACAAAAAAACGUUGAAAAGUAGCACUUAAAAUCCACCGAAAAUCAUGCGUUUAAAAUUCGAAUAAAAAAAAUAAUCAUUAAAAUGUAGUAAUAUAAAUUGUUCAAAAUACCGCCAAACGAGUUAACAAGAAAAAAAAACCAAAACAUAAGAAAAAUAAAAAUGUAUAGAAAAUCGAAAAUAUCGAGAAAAAAGCAAAUCAAAAAUUCCCUGUAAUCAUUGCGUAUUAUCUGAAUAUCUGAUAUUGGUAUUUCGGUAAUUUGAAAAUUUCCAAAAAUAAACCUAGUGCACAUACGAUACAUAAUUUAUUAAAGAUUGGAAGAAAUAUCAAAUGACUGCAUUCUCCACUGAUAAGUUUGCAAUUUUUGCGUGUUAUCGCUUAUUAUUAUUUUUUUAGAUUCGCUCCUUAUUAUUAUUUUUUCUUUCUUCUAUUUUCUUAACUUCUUCCGAUUUUUACGUGUAGUAAAUUUUCUGAAAGCUCAAGUUGUCUAGAUGGUACUUUUAAGAGGUCAUUUUGAUUUUCAAUGCCAUUUUUUAAAUAAAAGCACUUAAGUGAGAAAAAAUAUGGAAAAACAUACAAUUUCACCAUUUUAUUAUUUUAUAAAAACACGGACGACAUUUUUUACCAGAAAAAAUGAUUUAAUUGAAAAACACAAGACACUUUUUUUGUUGCCUUUUUAAUUUACUUUCUUACAGUAUCAUUGCCAAAACUUUUGUGCUUUUCAGGAAUUAAAAUUGUUUGGAGUAUUUUUGCUGUUAUUCGGUUAUAAAUACACGUAGAGACUUGAAACUUGAUAGUAAUAGUUAUAUUGAACUUACUUAGACGUGGUAAAAUUUUCAAAAUCAUCGGACGACUCUUUUUUUUUAAUAAGCAUUUUGAAUUCAAAUUUAAACGAAAAUCGCAAAAAAAAUUACGGCACUUCAAAUUACGUAUUACCGAACUGCGCUCAGAAUCGUCUUUCGUCAAGCAAUGGUUUAUCGUUGCUUACAGAUAUAAAUGAAAUGUCCUUAUGUAUCCUACCUUCCCAACUUCUCAUCUACAAUAGUGGUCGCUCCCAUCUCCAUUAUCAGCUCUUUUUUCUUUUUGUUUGCUCUUGUCGCGUGUUAAAAACUCGAAAAUACCUUGUGUAAACAUCGGUGGCAUUGGAUUGAUAUUUUUCUUUCUUUCUGUUUUUCCAUAUACGUAUACUCUGUCAGCUGCUUUUGAAUGGGAAAUCCGUGCAGAGGAUCCAAUGUCCGGGACGUUCCACUGCGGUUCUGUGUCCCGUCAAUCUACAGGAACCGCUGACGAUCACGAUGAACGCGGUGAAGGACGACGGAAAAGCAUUACCGCCCAUCACCGUACACCAUCCGUUCGUCAUAUGACCGCCUGUACACCUUCCGUCACUUCUCUAGUCUCCAGCAAAAUACUGCGAAAAUCAAUCAAAAAAAAAAAAAAUAAAAAAAAAAACAAAAACAAAACACCAACAGUCCAGUGUAACAAAAAUAUUAUUGUAUUACAUAAAUUAUAAAUUGUAUAUUUUAUAUUUAUAUACGAACGAUAUACAAAAUUGUACGGCCGCCGUUGGUCACCUACACCUCUGUACGCGCCGAAAUUUUGUAUGUUUUAUUAAUUUUAAUAUUUUAUACGUCCUAAAUGGAAACAACUUUUAUUUUUCUAUUAUGUUAUCGAAUGUAAUAAUUAUUAGAAAAUUAUAUAUUUUAUUAUUUAUAUGACAAAACAAA